AUGGCAUCUGGGACCUCUGGCUCAGUUCUGCAGCCACGGUGGAAGCGGGUGUUGGGUUGGUCCGGCCCUGUCCCUCGGCCCCGACACGGACAUCGUGCAGUUGCAAUCAAAGAAUUGAUGGUCGUUUUCGGGGGAGGCAAUGAAGGAAUUGUGGAUGAGCUGCACGUUUAUAACACAGGUAACGUUAAUAUUUAUUGUUCCGUGCUUUCUGCAUACAUUCAGUAUUGUUCAUCAACGAUUGAGAUGCUAUGGUAGCUAGCUAACCUUUUUAGCAAGUGGAUACGAACUUGCCCUUCGGCUAAUUUGUGCUAGUUAACCAUUUCUUGGACUGUAGCGCUAACUAGCAAAAUUAUUUCACCAAGUAGUUAUUGCUUUAUCCGCUUAUGCAUGGGUUGUUCAACACAGUAAAUUAGUAAUGUACCUCGGUGGUUGUGACAGUGGGUAUGUGGUUGAAGUGUUGUGCAAGGCGCCAGUGUUGACGUAUCGUGAUAUUGAAUGGGACCGGUAGCUAGUUAGAUGGGCUACCAGCUGAGCUGGGAACCUCUUUGGCAAAGCGGAACUCGCCCAGUGGAGAUUGGAGGGAACAUACAAAGAGAAAUGGCGGGUUAAUAGAAAAACAACGACGUCAUAAUAUCAACAAAGCUCGGGAACUGCAUAUUAAACUGGGAUCUAAAUCGAUGAUUAAUCCAUGUUCUGCGUUUUUAAUAAGCAUGUGUUUGUGAAAAGCCACACUGUGAAAUGGGCAUAUCAAAGAGUUGGCCAACAACAAAGACGUAAACAACAAAGAACGCAGCCCAUUCACGAGCAUCACUUUAUUUAGUGGUGCAGCAUCAGGAAUGACUUCCACUGGAAUUCUAAUAGGCUGUGGCUUUUGACAAUUGUUAGUUAAGCAGGUUAUUACCAGUGCUUGACUUGGACUAAAAUAGGUGCCGUGCUGGUCCUGUUUAUAUUUGGGUGCAGGAACUCUGCAAUACUUUUGAGCUAGUAUUCUAUAAGGUGCCGUACUCAAGCAGUAGAACUAGUGUUGUCACGAUACCAACAUUUUACUAAUGAUAAGAUAACACGGGGCGGCAGGUAGCUUAGUGGUUAAGAGCGUUGUGCCAGUAACCGAAAGGUCGCUGGUUCUAAUCCCCAGAGCCGACUAGGUGAAGAAUCUGUCGAUGUGCCCUUGAGCAAGGCACUUAACCCUAAUUGCUCAUGUAAGUCGCUCUGGAUAAGAGCGUCUGCUAAAUGACUAAAAUGUAAAAUGUAAAUGUAAUAACAGGCCAAGUAUCACGAUACCACAGGGAAGAUUCAGUGGCUUAUUGUCCUGUUCGCCCCCGGACACAUGUUCCCGUUUUCUAAACAUUUAUGGGCGUGCGCUACACAAUAACCUGUCACUGAUAUUCACAGUUGCUCAUACAGUAUUUGCAAAGGCCUACCUGUGAUUUGUGCUGGAGGAAUAGGCGGAAGGAAUAUACAUGCACGAGAACAGGAUAGGGAGAGAAGCAGGUGAGUGAUGACUGGUAGGGGAUGUGCUAGCGGAUUACAGCUGCCACACGUGAUAAUGCGCAUGAAAGUGAAGUGGACAUUAUUGGACUGGCGCAUACAAGAGGCUAGUGGCUGUUACUUCAAUUCAACAGAGUUUAUAAACAAAAAACGGACUUUAUAAACAUUUACAUUACAUUUACCUUUUAGUCAUUUAGCAGACGCUCUUAUCCAGAGCGACUUACAGUUAGUGAAUACAUAUUUUUUUUAUACUGGCCCCCCGUGGGAAUCAAACCCACAACCCUGGCGUUGCAAACGCCAUGCUCUAUCAACUGAGCUACAUCCCUGCCGGCCAUUCCCUCCCCUACCCUGGACGACGCUGGGCCAAUUGUGCGCCGCCCAUGAGUCUCCCGGUCGCGGCCGGCUGCGACAGAGCCUGGAUUCGAACCAGGAUCUCUAGUGGCACAGUUAACACUGCGAUGCAGUGCCUUAGACCACUGCGCCACUCAGGAGACAAACAUUUUAUAACAGGCGCCGGCGGGUUCUUUAGAUCGGUAGGGCCGAAAAAUGUGGUGGUAUCAUAUGAAACAUUUACUAUGGUAUUCUAAAAUGUUGGCGUCAUGACAUUUUAGGUAGCGGUAUACCGUGUAGAAGCUUUGAUUAGCCGGCCUGCCCAGGUCCAAGCGCUGGUUACUACUAAAGUAACUUCAGUACCUAGCGGGGUUUAUAAUCCAUGAAUUCGAUGUGUUUCAGCGACCAACCAGUGGUUCAUUCCUGCUGUCCGUGGUGACAUCCCGCCUGGCUGUGCUGCGUAUGGGUUUGUGUGUGAUGGCACCAGGCUGCUGGUGUUCGGGGGGAUGGUGGAGUAUGGUAAAUACAGCAACGAUCUGUAUGAACUGCAGGUAAGUGCUCAGCCCACAGAAUAAAUCACUCUGACAGUUAUAUAGUGGGAUUUGGGGUGUAAACACUGUGUACUAAUUUCCAUCCUCAAUUUAAACCAUAACACAUUUUCCUUGUCAUUUCUAUGUUUUGCGUAAGAUAUUCUUGAAUAGGUGUAGGCUAAUCAGAGAUCUUAGCUCUGUAGCCGCAACUAAGCUUGUUAGUGAGUCGUCGUUUUCUCCCCAGGCCAGUCGCUGGGAGUGGAAGCGUCUGAAGCCCAAGUCUCCUAAGAACGGCCCUCCUCCCUGUCCCCGCCUGGGACACAGCUUCUCCCUGGUAGGGAACAAAUGCUUCCUGUUCGGAGGACUGGCUAACGACAGUGAGGACCCCAAGAACAACAUCCCCAGGUAUGCUUCAUCAAUAUAUAUUAUCCACCAAGAACAACACCCCCAGGUAUGCUUCAUCAAUAUAUAUUAUCCACCAAGAACAACAGCCCCCAGGUAUGCUUCAAUAUAUAUUAUCCACCAAGAACAACACCCCCGGGUAUGCUUCAUCAAUAUAUAUUAUCCACCAAGAACAACACCCCCAGGUAUGCUUCAUCAAUAUAUAUUAUCCACCAAGAACAACACCCCCAGGUAUGCUUCAAUAUAUAUUAUCCACCAAGAACAACACCCCCGGGUAUGCUUCAUCAAUAUAUAUUAUCCACCAAGAACAACGCCCCCAGGUAUGCUUCAUCAAUAUAUAUUAUCCACCAAGAACAACGCCCCCAGGUAUGCUUCAUCAAUAUAUAUUAUCUACCAAGAACAACACUCCCAGGUAUGCUUCAUCAAUAUAUAUUAUCUACCAAGAACAACACCCCAGGUAUGCUUCAUCAAUAUAUAUUAUCCACCAAGAACAACACCCCCAGGUAUGCUUCAUCAAUAUAUAUUAUCCACCAAGAACAACACCCCCAGGUAUGUAGGUACUGCGUAGCCAACAGUGCAUUCGGAAAGUAUUCAGACCCCUCAACUCUUUCCACAUUUUGUUACUUCACAGACUUUUUAGAAAAUUGUUUUCCCCCCCUCUUCAAUAUACACACAAUACCCUAUAAUGACAAAGCAAAAACAGGUUUUUACAAUGUAUUUUUUUAAAAAAAGACUCUUUACUGAGUACUUUGUUGAAGCACCUUUGGCAGCGAUUACAGCCUUGAGUAUUCUUGGGUAUGUCGCUACAAGCUUGGCACACCUGUAUUUCGGGAGUUUCUCCCAUUCUUCUCUGCAGAUCCUCUCAAACUCUUUCAGGUUGGAUGGGGAGCGUCACUGCACAGCUAUUUUCAGGUCUCUCCAGAGAUAUUCGAUCGGGAUCAAGUCCGGGCUCUGGCUGGGCCACUCAAGGACAUUCAGAGACUUGUCCCGAAGGCACUCCUGCGUUGUCUUGGCUGUGUGCUUGGGGUCGUUGUCCUGAUGGAAGGUGAACCUUUGCCCCAGUUUGAGGUCCUGAGCGCUCUGGAGCAGGUUUUCAUCAAGGAUCUCUCUGUACUUUGCUCUGUUCAUCUUUCCCUCGACCCUGACUAGUCUCCCAGUCCCUGCCACUGAAAAACAUCCCCACAGCAUGCUUCACCGACGGGAUGGUGCCAGGUUUCCUCCAGAUGUGAUGCUUGGCAUUCAGGCCAAAGAGUUAAAUCUUGGUUUCAUCAGACCAGAUCAUCUUGUUUCUCAUGGUCUGAUUAUCCUUUAGGUGCCUUUUACUGAGGAGUGGAUUCCGUAUGGCCAGUCUACCAUAAAGGCCUGAUUGGUGGAGUGCUGCAGAGAUGGUUGGCCUUGUGGAAGGUUCUCCCAUUUCCACAGAGUCUGGAGCUCUGUCAGAGUGACCAUCGGGUUCUUGGUCACUUCCCUGACCAAGGCCCUUCUCCCCCGAUUAGUCAGUUUGGCCGGGCGGCCAGCUCUAGGAAGAGUCUUGGUGGUUCCAAACUUCAACAAUUUAAGAAUGAUGGAGGCCACUUAGUUCUUGGGGACCUUCAAUGCUACAGAAAUUUUUUGGUACCCUUCCCCAGAUCUGUGCCUCGACACAAUCCUGUCUUGGAGCUCUACGGACAAUUCCUUCGACCUCAUGGCUUGGUUUUUGGUCUGAAUGCAUUGUCAACUGUGGGACCUUAGUAACAGACAGGUGUGUGCCUUUCCAAAUCAUGUCCAAUCAAUUGAAUUUACCACAGGUGUACUCCAAUCAAGUUGUAGAAACAUCUCAAGGAUGAUCAAUGGAAACAGGAUGCACCUGAGCUCAAUUUCGAGUCUCAUAGCAAAGGGUCUGAAUACUUAUGUAAAUAACGUAUUUCAGUUUUUUCUUUAACGAAUUGGAUGCAAAAGAUUUACGGCUCUUCCCGGACCUGGCCCAAACCCCCAUCAUUUGCAUGAAGAGGAGACGCCGAUACAAGGGGUGCAGACCCGGGUGUUUAGUGAGAAUUCGUUGGCGAGUGGAUAAUCCUCCUUUACCAUCCGGCCUGCUGGCAAAAGUGCAUUCACUGGAGAAUAAACUGGAUGAGCUCCGUUCCAGACUAUCCUACCAACGGGACAUUAAUAACUGUAAUAUCUUAUGUUUCACCGAGUUGUGGCUGAAUGAGGACAUGGAUAAUAUGCAGUUGGCUGGGUUUUCCGUGCAUCGGCAAGACAACAGUAACCUCCGGUAAGACGUGGUGGUCUGUGUCUAGGGCUGUUACGGUGACCGUAUUACCGCCACACCGGCGGUCACGAGUCAUGAAGGCAGUCAAAUUCCACGUGACCGUUUAGUCAUGGUAGUUAGGCUUCUCCAAGCUCUGAUGCUGCUGAUGGUCAUUAGUAGCCUACCAAACUUGCUAACUGCCUGGUACUCAGCACUCUAUUGUCCCGCUAAUCACUCUGACAUCAAUGCAAAUCUAAUCAAACACUUCACGAGAGCUCAUGUUGCGCAACAUUUCUAUAGUCUAUGCAAUUGCGUGAGAAAAGAGUGAUGGCCUCUACUAAAAAGAGGAGGAUCCCAUCAGCUUUCUAUAGGCUAGGCCUACUAUAUUUAUUUCUCUACUUUCCUAAUAUUAAGCACAUUUUCACCAUAAAAAUGCACCUUUUAUAAUAAAAGCGUUACAUGCAUAAUUGCUUUUGCGGUCACUUUUGAUCAUGGUGUCUUCCCGCUAAUGGAACAUUCAAACGUGUAUAGCCUACUACCAUGUGUGCAUUGCUGAUCUUAUAAUGUGAAGAAAUAGCCUAAUAGUUUAUCAACAUUUUUAAGCUAAACGUUCUGAUCUGUUGCGUCAGGCUCAUUGCGUAAAAAAUUUUUUUUGAUGCUAGUGGUUGUAUUAAUUUGGGAUCUAUCGCAUCCCACAACUGUCCCAGACUAUGUUUGGAAUAUUUAUUUCUCGCACAGAAUAGAAGAGGUCAUCUUUUGUACUAUGGGGGAUAGUAGAUUGACAUAGGCUAGUAAGCCUUCUCUUGUUGGCUGACAAAGUGGACAGUUCUUCCAAUAUCUUCGAUAUGCACCUCGGAAUUGGAUAAGGACGUGCGCAGUUGCGUCCCCGAUGUGUCUAUCUUCACUUGUAGCCUGUGAGAAAGACCCGAUCGCGUGAUGGAGAGGUGAUUCGGAGCACUCGGGGAGAAGGGCACAACGGACACUGGCCGCAAAAGGCAUGGAUUUUCUUUAGGGUGCAUUACGGCCUCACAAAGGGGAUGCUGCCGUGAAAUUCUAGGCGUUAUCAAGUGCUUGUCAAAUUGUGAAUGAGAGACUGAUGUAGUGUGUACAGCCUGCACAAAAAAACAAAGCAGAGCUCUUUCUUUCAUUCGCCUUUCAAGCGACUUUUUUCAAAUCAUCAUUAGUCACAUCAUGCAGCCUUACAAUGUAUUAAAAAUAAAAACGUAUAGCCCGUAUGUUGAACAACUUAAGUUACAUUAAUAACUCUAAAUUAAGCAAAUAGGAGUACCUAUUUCUUUGGUAACCGCUCAACACAGAAUAGCCGGCUGACUAAAUGUCUUGACUGUCACAGCUCUGUGUGUCUGUUUGUCAACAACAGCUGGUGUGCAAUCUCUAAUAUUAAGGAAGUCUCUAAGUUUUGCUACACACAUAAGCUGUAGACCACACUAUUUACCAAGAGAGUUUUCAUGUAUAUUUUUCGUAGCCGUCUAUUUACCACCACAAACCGAUGCAGGCACUAAGACUGCACUCAAUGAACUGUAUACGGCCAUAAGCAAACGAGUGCUCACCCAGAAGUGGCGCUCCUAGUGGCCGGGGACUUUAAUGCAGGAGAGCUUAAAUGCGUUUUUCCUCUUUUCUACCAGCAUGUUACAUGUGCAACCAGAGGAAAAAAAUCUCUAGACCAUUUUACUUCACACACAGAGAGGUGUACAAAGCUCUCCCUCGCCCUCCAUUUGGCAAAUCUGACCAUAAUUCUAUCCUCCUGAUUCCUGCUUGCAAGCAAAAACUCAAGCAGGAAGCACCAGAGAUUCGCUCAAUACGGAAGUGGUCUGAUGAUGUGAAUGGUAAGCUACAGGACUGUUUUGUUAGCACAGUCUGGACAAUAUUCCGGGAUUCAUCCGAUGGCAUUGAGGUGGAUACCAGUCACCGGCUUCAUCGAUAAGUGCAUCGACGAUGUCGUCCCCACAGUGACCGUACGUACAUAUCCCAACCAGAAGCCAUGGAUUACAGGUAGGGCUGUCCCCGACCAAAAAAACAAAUCUUGGUAGACCGAAAGUAGUCUUUUCUUUCGACCAAUGGAUUGGUAGAUUUUUUUUGUGUGUUUUUCCAAAUAUGCGUUUUAAUAAAAUCAACUAUAUGCGCGAAUCUUGUCUGAUGCUUACUGUUUGAUGUAAUAAGACACAAAUGACUUGAGGGGAGCCAGAGAUCUAGAUAACCAGAAUAAAAAAAACUUAACCUGACCCUCCCGCUCCUGCUGUCUUUCGCAGAUUCUGCCGUUACUCUCCUAAAGUUACCGGUAUGAGGAAUCUGCAACCUUUCUCAUGUGGAAUGCCAAUUUAUCUUACUAUUUCUACCGAUCUGCGUGCCAGUUACGGUUUUUAUAUGCACGUUUUUGUGGAACAGUUUUAUUUAUAAUAACGUCUUCAUAUCUCAAUAAGUCAUGUGGUGUAUCAAAAUUCGAUCCAAAUCUAAAUGAAAAUAAUACAAACCUGAAAAGUAACUUCUGUUGCCAUUGCCAACGAUGUAAAAAUAGCCUACAUAAAGCCAUCAAAUAAAAAACAUUGCAGCCUUGCAGGUAGAAAAUAUCCUGAUUAAAAAAAAAUACUAUCCUAUAAAUCACAUUGUCUACGCAUGGCUUGUCUGCAACGAACUUGAAACAUUGUAUCAACUAUUAACUUGGGUCAGGCACAAAACUUGCACUAGCGAACUUGAAACAUUGUAUAAACUAUUUGGUCCGGCCUGAAGCUUGCGCUAGCCAACUUGCAACAUUGUAUAAAAUAUUCUGGGCCUUCAGCUGUGUGAUCAUGCUCUCCGUAGCCAAUGUGAAUAAGACCUUUUAAACAGGUCAACAUUCACAAGGCCGCAGGGCCAGAUGGACAUUUUCAACCUGUCCCUGACUGACUCUGUAAUACCUAUAUGUUUCAAGCAGACCACCAUAGUCCCUGUGCCCAAGAACGCCAAGGUAACCUGCCUAAAUCACUAUUGCCCCAUAGCGCUUACAUCUGUAGCCAUGAAGUUCUUUGAAAUGCUGGUCAUGGCUCACAUCAACACCAUCAUCCCAGACCCACUACAAUUCACAUACCACCCCAACAGAUCCACAGAUGAGGAAAUCUCUAUUGCACGCCACACUGCCCUUUUCCACCUGGACUAAAAGAACACCUACGUGAGAAUGCUGUUCGUUGUCUACAGCUCAGCGUUCAACUCCAUAGUGCCCUACAAGCUCAUCACUAAGCUCAGGACCCUGGGACUAAACACCUCCCUCUGCAACUGGAUCCUGGACUUCCUGACGAGAAGCCCCCAGGUGGUAAGGGUAGGCAACAACACAUCUGCCACGCUGAUCCUCAACACAGGGGCCCCUCAGGGGUGCGUGCUUAGUUCCCUUCCUGUACUCCCUGUUCACCCACAACUGCGUGUCCACGCACGACUCCAGCACCAUCAUUACGUUUGCUGACGACAACGGUGGUAUGCCUGAUCACCGACAGGGAGGAGGUCAGAGACCUGACAGUGUGGUGCCAGGACAACAACCUCUCUCUCAACGUGAGCAAGGCGAGCUGAUUGUGGACUACAGGAAAGUGGGGGGCGAGCCCCCAUUCACAUCGACGGGGCUGUAGUGUAGCGUGUUCGAGAGCUUCAAGAGCUUCAAGUUUCCGUCCACAUCACCAACAAAUUACCAUGAUCCAAACCCACCAAGACGGUCUUGAAGAGGGCACGACAACACCUUUUCCCCCUCAGGAGACUGAAAAGAUUUGGCAUGGGUCCUCAGAUCCUCAAAAAGUUCUACAGCUGCACCAUCGAGAGCAUCCUGACUGGUUGCAUCAUUGCUUGGUAUGGAAACUGCUCGGCAUCCAUUCACAAGGCGAUAGAGGGUAGUGCGUACGGCCCAGUACAUCCAGGACCUCUAUACCAGGCGGUGUCAGAGGAAGGUGUGUUCUCUCUGCUACAGCACGGCAGGCGGUACCGGAGCACCAAGUCUAAGUCCAAAAUGCUCCUUAACAGCUUCUACCCCCAAGCCAUAAGACUGCUGAACAGCUAAUCAUGGCUACCCGGACUAUUUACAUUGUCCCUGUGUUCUAUACCGCUGCUACUCUGUUUAUUAUCUAUGCAUAGUCACUUUACCCCUACCUACAUGUACAAAUUACCUCAAUUACCUUUACCCCUGCACAUUGACUUGGUACCGGUACCCCCUAUGUAUAGCCUCGUAAUUGUUAUUUUUUGUUUGUUUAUAAUAAUAAUCUUACUUUUAGUUAAUUUUUUUAUUUAGUUGAUUUUAAAUAUUUUUUAGCAGUUAUUUUCAUACUUUAAAAAAAGAUUCUGCAUUGUUGGUAAAGGGCUCGUAAGUAAACAUUUCACCUGUUGUGAUUUGAUUUUGAAUGUAAGGGACAGAAUAAGACUAACAUCAUUACCCAUAAUGCUCUCCCAGAUACCUGAAUGAUCUGUAUACGUUGGAGCUGCGUGCCGGCUCCAGUGUGGUGGGCUGGGACAUCCCCGUCACCUACGGGGUGCUGCCCCCGCCCAGAGAGAGCCACACUGCCGUGGUCUACACAGAGAAGACCUCCAAGAAGUCCCGUCUGGUCAUCUAUGGGGGUAUGAGCGGCUGUCGACUGGGAGAUUUGUGGGUCCUAGAUAUAGGUGAGUUAUUGGUCGAUUUCCUGCCGUCUAGAAGAUCAAAUCAAGUUCAUUUGUCAUAUGCACAGGAUACACGUGGUGUACAUGGUACAAUUAAAUGCUUACUUGCAGGUUGCAUUCAGGGUUUUUUCUGUAUCAAAAGGGAGCUUAGGUGGUAGGUGUGUCAAUGGGCACACAGCUGGAUUUUAGAGAACAUUUCAGAUGACCGCGGUGUAGAGAACUUUUGGAAUAUUUAAGCCAAUUUCCUGCAAUUCUACACAUUUCUCCAUGGAGCUGAGAGAUUGUUUCAGUUUUAAAGGUAACGUUUCAGUUUUAAAGGUAAUUUCCUGCGAUUUUUACAGUGCCUUCAGAAGGUAUUCAUAUCCCUGGACUUAUUCCACAUUGUGCUUUUGUUAACGUCUGAAUUCAAAAUGAAUUCAAUUGAUAUUCUUCUCAACCAUACACACACAAUAUCCCAUAAUGACAAAGUGAUAACAUGUUUUUAGAAAUGUUUGCACAUUUUUUGAAAAUGAAAUACAGUCAUAUCUAAUUUACAUAAGUGUUCACACCCUUGAGUCAGUACUUUGUAGAAGCACCUUUGGCGGCGAUUGCGGCUUUGAGUCGUCUUGGGUGUGUCUGUAUCAGCUUUGCACAUCUGGAUUUGUGGAUUUUCUCCCAUUUUUAAACAGCCAUUUCGUUUUUAUCGGUGAACAAAUCAUAAAAUUCCACGUCAAUUCACAAUGCAGAAUAAUGGUCCUGUUACGCAUUUAUGAUUGCUAGGGCCAGGCAAUAAAGUUAAUAGAACUACACUAUAAUAAUAAUAAUAAUAAUAAUAAUAAUAUGCCAUUUAGCAGACGCUUCUUACAGUCAUGUGCGCAUAAAUUUUUACGUAUGGGUGGUCCCGGGGAUCGAACCCACUACCCUGGCGUUACAAGCGCCGUGCUCUACCAGCUGAGCUACAGAGAACCACUACAGUAACGUGUCGAUAGUGACAAUUAAUAACUUUUAAGACAAUAAAAAAAAUAAAAAAAAUGCUGCAUCUGUACCUAUUUAGACAGAAUUCUGCUCUGGCAUAUAAUGUUCUGUUGUUUCCCUGACAACAAUAAGCGUUGCCGAUUUGAUGUGCUGCUGUGUUGUUUUUAAUGGUAGUGUUGGUAAGUCAAGGAGAGAGCGGUCUGCACGCAGGAGCUCGAGAUUAUUUGAUUGACAGUUCUGGUCGCCUAGUGAUGGACGUUAGUCCCGCUUCAGAAGCAGGGUUCCUUUACAGACUAGUAAAAUGCCGUUCAGAUCUCCAGAGAAGGUUUGGUGUUGGCAUUUUUUAAAAAGCCUUGGUGUAGCCAAACAGAUAAAUAUGCCGUAGCCCAGGCGCUUUCAAGGGGCCCCAUGCCCAAUUUAUAUUAUUUGUAUCGUGAUCUAGGUUUAUGAAAUGUUCAUCUUUCCCUUUUCAAGACGAUUUUAUGCGUAUCUAGAUACAUGGGCUCCGAUACAAUACAGGAACGAUUCAGUUGGUAGAGCGUGGCGCUUGCAACGCCAGGGUUGUGGGUUCGUUUCCCACGGGGGGGUCAGUAUGAAAAAUUUAUGCACUCACUAACUGUAAGUCGCUCUGGAUAAGAGCGUCUGCUAAAUGACUAAAAUGUAAAAUUAGAGAAAAAAUGUGUUACAUAAACACAUUGAUUUUCCAUGCUAUACUGAACGAAAAUAUAAACGCAACAUGCAACAAUUUCAAAGAUUUUACUGAGUUAAAAUUCAUAGAAGGAAAUCAGUCAAUUGAAAGAAAAAAACGAAUUAGGCCUUAAUCUAUGGAUUUCACAUGACUGGGCAGGGGCACAGCCAUGGGUGGGCCUGGGAGGGCAUAGGCCCACCCACUGGGGAGCCAGGUCCUGUGUAAUGAUCAUGCUGUUUUAAUCAGCUUCUUGAUAUGCCACACCUGUCAGGUGGAUGGAUCAUCUUGGCAAAGGGGAAAUGCUCAGUAACAGGGAUGUAAGCCAAUUUUAGCAUAAAAUGUGAGAAAUAAUAUUUUUGUGCGUAUGGAACAUUUUCUGGGAUCUUUUAUUUCAGCUCAUGAAACAUGGGACCAACUCUUUACAUGUUGCAUUUAUAUUUUUGUUCAGUAUAAAUAAAAAUCGGCUGCUGAUGGGCAUCUUAGCUGGAUCUGUCUGAGCUGACAAGUGUAAAUGAUGUACAGUGCCUUCAGAAAGUAUUCACACCCCUUGACUUUUUUCCCCACGUAUUGUUGUUACAGCCUGAAUUUAAAAUGGAUGAAAUUGAGAUAUUUUUUUGUCACUGGCCUACACACAAUAACCCAUAACGUCAAAGUGGAAUUAUGUUUUUAGACAUUUUUUACAAAAUUAAUUAAAAAUGAAAAGCUGAAAUGUCUUGAGUAAAUAAGUAUUCAACCCCUUUGUUAUGGCAAGCCUAAAUAAGAAGUUAAUUACACUUUUGAUUUUAGUAUUGAGGGUGUAUUGAUAGACAAUACUCUCAACAUAGGUUAUGGAUUGGAUUCAGAUCUGGACUUCUCACUGGGCAGUCCAUCAUUUCCAGAACAGUCCAGCGUUUAUUUAGUCCACAAGUUUUUUAUGUGUUUGGGGUUGUUGUCCUACUGGAAGACAACUGGAAGACCCACAACUUUCAAGAGACAGUUUUUGGACACUGGGUUGAACGUUGCACUCCAAAACACCUUGAUAAUCUGAUUUCAUGAUGUCUUGCACAUAUUCAAGGCCACCAGAGGCAGCAAAGCAGCCCCACAGCAUUAUCGGUAGGGAGGGUGUUCAUUUUCUUUGAACGCUUCAAUUGGUCAUUGGUAAACAUAGGAAGAACCCACUGCUGAAGGAGACACAAGAAAGCCUGAUUGAACCUCUCAAAAACCUGCCUAAAUCCUGGGGUUCUGUGCACCAAUGAAAACAAAAUUAGAGCUCUUUGGCAAUACGUCAGCACGGUGUUCACUUACAACCAAAGGAAACAAUCAAUGAAAAGAACACCCUCCCUACAAUCAAAGAUGGGGGAGGUUUGAUAAAGCUGUGGGGUUACUUUGCUGCCUCUGGGGGUCUUGAACAUGCACAAGGCAUCAUGAAACCAGCAGUUUAUCAGGUGUUUUGCAGUCCAAUGUUCAUCCCAGUUUCCAAAAACUGGGUCUCCGUUGAAGGUUGUGGGUCUUCGAGCAGGACAAUGAAACCAAACACAUCAAAAAAAUCACACCGGAAUGGUUAAGACGAGAUGCUGGACUGUUCUGGAAUGGCCAGCGACGAGUCCAGGUCUGAAUCCCAUCCAAAACCUAUGGCGAGAUCUGACAACAGCAGUUGGGGGAGGGCAUCCUUCAAAUAUUGAAGAAUGCGAGCAGUUUGCUGUUGAAAGUAGAAAGGUGAGCAUUACUUGCUCUUUGGGGUUUUAGGCUGGGUUUCUGUAUAAGUACUUUGUGACAUCUGCUGAUGUAAAAAGGGCUUUUAUAAAAUACAUUGAUUGGGUAAGCCCCAAGAAGCGUUUGUCUGCCGUUAUCGUGGCCAAAGGCUGUGCACCCAUGUACUAGCUCAGGGGGGUGCCAAUACUUUUUUCUAUGCCAUUUGUCUCUAUUUUCUAAAUUUAAAAUUGUAAACUUAAGUUUAGAAAAAAAUAAAAUCCAAUGUGUGGUGACCAAAAGUUGUUUUAAAUUUCAUUUUUUUUUUUUUAAGAAAUAAGGAAUUAUUUAGGAAAAGUGCAAGGGUGCCAAUAUAUUUAGCCUCCCCCUCCUCUCUCUCCCUCUCACUGCUCUUUCUAUUCUCAUUUAAUGGUGCCGGAUGAGAUGGCUGCCGUUUUACGGCCGACUAACCAAUUGUGCUAUUGUGUGUUUUUUUCACGUUAUUUGUAAUUUAUUCUGUAAAUAAUGUUUCUGCCACAGUCUCUUAUGAUCAAAAAGAGCAUCUGGAUAUCAGGACAGCGAUUACUCACCUUGUAUUGGACAAAGAUGUUUUUCUUCAACGAGUCAGACGCGAAGGAUAUUCUAAAGACACCCGACAAGGCCCAAAUCCCCGUCAUUCAGAUGAGAAAGAGACUGAGGUAUCGUGAACAUAGGUCGGGGUGCCUUGUAAGGAUCCGACGGCGAGUGGGUAAUCUGCCUCUUCCAUCUACCAUCAGUCCUAUUAGCCAACGUACAAUCAUUGGAAAACAAAAUAGAUGACCUACGAUCACGGAUAUCCUACCAACGGGACAUUAAAAAACUGUAAUAUCUUAUGUUUCACCGAGUCGUGGCUGAACGACAACAUGGAUAACAUACAGCUGGCGGGAUAUACGCUACAUCGGCAGGAUAGAACGGCUGACUCCGGUAAGACAAGGGGUGGCGGUCUGUGUAUAUUUGUAAACAACAGCUGGUGCACGAAAUCUAAUAUUAAGGAAGUCUCAAGGUUUUUCUCACCUGAGGUAGAGCAUCUCAUGAUAAGCUGUAGACCACACUAUUUACCAACAGUUUUCAUCUAUAUUUUUCGUAGCUCUCUAUUUACCCCCACAAACCGAUGCUGGCACUAAGACUGCACUCAAUGAGCUGUAUAAGGCCGUAAGCAAACAGGAAAACGCUCAUCCAGAGGCAGUGCUCCUAGUGGCUGGGGACUUUAAUGCAGGGACACUUAAAUCAGUUUUACCUCAUUUCUACGAGCAUGUUAAAUGUGCAACCAGAGGAGAGAGAGACUCUAGACCACCUUUACGCCACACACAGAGACGCAUACAAAGCUCUCCCUCGCCCUCCAUUUGGCAAAUCUGACCAUAACUCUAUCCUCCUGAUUCCUGCUUAUAAGCAAAAACUAAAAAAGGAAGCACCAGUGACUCUGUUAAUAAGGAAGUAGUCAGAUGACGCAGAUGCUAAGCUACAGGACUGUUUUGCAAGCACAGACUGGAAUAUGUUCCGGGAUUCUUCCGAUGGCAUUGAGGAGUACACCACAUCAGUCACUGGCUUCAUCAAUAAGUGCACUGAUGAUGUCGUCCCCACAGUGACCGUACAUACAUACCCCAAACAGAAGCCAUGGAUUACAGGCAACAUCCGCACUGAGCUAAAGGGUAGAGCUGCCGCUUUCAAGGAGCGGGACUCUAACCCGGACGUUUAUAAGAAAUCCCGCUAUGCCCUCCAACGAACCAUCAAACAGUCAGAGUCAAUACAGGACUAAGAUUGAAUCGUACUACACCGGCUCCGAUGCUCGUCGGAUGUGGCAGGGCUUGAAAACUAUUACAGACUACAAAGGGAAGCACAGCCGCGAGCUGCCCAGUGAUACGAGCCUACCAGACGAGCUAAAUCACUUCUAUGCUCGCUUCGAGGCAAGCAACACUGAAGCAUGCAUGAAAGCAUCAGCUGUUCCGGAUAACUGUGAUCACGCUCUCCGUAGCUGAUGUGAGUAAGACUUUUAAGCAGGUCAACAUUCACAAGGCCGCAGGGCCAGAUGGAUUACCAGGACGCGUACUCCGAGCAUGCGCUGACCAACUGGCAAGUGUCUUCACCGACAUUUUCAACAUGACUGAGUCUGUAAUACCAACAUGUUUCAAGCAGACCACCAUAGUCCCUGUGCCCAAGAACACUAAGACAACCUGCCUAAAUGACCCAAGACCCGUAGCACUCAUGUCUGUAGCCAUGAAGUGCUUUGAAAGGCUGGUCAUGGCUCACAUCAACACCAUUAUCCCAGAAACCCUAGACCCACUCCAAUUUGCAUACCGCCCCAACAGAUCCACAGAUGAUGCAAUCUCUAUUGCACUCCACACUGCCCUCUCCCACCUGGACAAGAGGAACACCUAUGUGAGAAUGCUAUUCAUUGACUACAGCUCAGCGUUCAACACCAUAGUGCCCUCAAAGCUCAUCACUAAGCUAAGGACCCUGGGACUGAACAACUCCCUCUGCAACUGGAUCCUGGACUUCCUGAUGGGCCGCCCCCAGGUGGCAAGGGUAGUUAACAACACAUCUGCCAGGCUGAUCCUCAACACGGGGGCCCCUCAGGGAUGCAUGCUCAGUCAGCCUAUAGGGAGGAGGUCAGAGACCUGGCCGUUGUGGUGCCAGGAUAACAACCUCUCCCUCAACGUGAUCAAGACAAAGGAGAUGAUUGUGGACUACAGGGGGGAAAAAAUACAACUGGGCACGCCCUCAUUCUCAUCGACGGGGCUGUAGUAGAACAGGUUGAGAGCUUCAAGUUCCUUGGUGUCCACAUCACCAACAAACUAUCAUGGUCCAAACACACCAAGACAGUUGUGAAGAGGGCACGACAAAGCCUAUUCUCCCUCAGGAGACUGAAAAGAUUUGGCAUGGGGUCCUCAGAUCCUCAAAGUUGUACAGCUGCACCAUCGAGAGCAUCCUGACUGGUUGCAUCACUGCCUGGUAUGGCAACUGCUCAGCCUCCGACCGCUAGGCAAUACAGAGCUUGGUGCGUACGGCCCAGUACAUCACUGGGGCCAAGCUUCCUGCCAUCCAAGACCUCUGUACCAGGCGGUGUCAGAGGAAGGCCCUAAAAAUUGUCAGACUCCAGCCACCCUAGUCGUAGACUGUUCUCUCUGCUACCGCACGGCAAGCCAUACCGGAGCGCCAAGUCUAGGUCCAAAAGGCUUCUUAACAGCUUCUACCCACAAGCCAUAAGACUCCUGAACAGCUAAUCAUGGCUACCCAGACUAUUUGCAUUGUCCCCCCACCCCACCCCCUCUUUUACGCUGCUGCUACUCUCUGUUUAUUAUCUAUGCAUAUUCACUUGAACUCUACCCACAUGUACAUAUUACCUCAAUUACCUCGACUAACCUGUGCCCCCGCACGUUGACUCUGUACCGGUACCCCCUGUAUAUUGACUCUGUACCGGUACCCCCUGUAUAUAGCCUGUAUAUUGACUCUGUACCGGUACCCCCUGUAUUUAGCCUGUAUAUUGACUCUGUACCGGUACCCCCUGUAUAUAGCCUGUAUAUUGACUCUGUACCGGUACCCCCUGUAUAUAGCCUGUAUAUAGCCUGUAUAUUGACUCUGUACCGGUACCCCCUGUAUAUAGCCUGUAUAUUGACUCUGUACCGGUACCCCCUGUAUAUAGCCUGUAUAUUGACUCUGUACCGGUACCCCCUGUAUAUAGCCUGUAUAUUGACUCUGUGCAGGUACCCCCUGUAUAUAGCCUGUAUAUUGACUCUGUCUGUACCUCGACUAACCUGUGCCCCGCACGUUGACUCUGUACCGGUACCCCCCUGUAUAUAGUCUCCCUACUGUUGUUUUAUUUUACUGCUGAUCUUUAAUGAUUUUUUUAUUUGUAUUUUUUAUUCAUCAAUUAUUUUACUUCAAUGGUAUUUUUCUUAUUGUUUUAAUGGAAAUCCGAUAGAAAAUGGCUGUUUAAACGUUAAGAUUCCCCCCCCUCCCCAUUUAUCAUAUCCCUACUACUUAGUAAAGUGGCCUUUCAGAGCAGGACCUUGAGUAGUCCUUGUGUUUCCUCUGCAGACACCCUGACGUGGAAUAAGCCGUCUAUCAACGGUACAGCUCCUCUUCCCCGCAGUCUCCAUUCUGCCACAACCAUCACCAACAAGUGAGUUAACCCAAUUACUUUAACUUGAGCAACACAUUCCUCUUUCAGGUAGAGGGACCUUUUUCUGUCGUGACUUUAGCUUUUUAUACCCUGAACCGUCAAGUAACUGGAUGUGUGUACGUUACUUCUGAGCUGGUGGCCUUUUGCAUGGUUUGUCUGUCAGUAUCUCACCUGUCUCCCUCCUCAACCGUCUGUCCUGUAACAGGAUGUACGUGUUCGGAGGCUGGGUUCCCCUGGUAAUGGAUGACGUCAAAGUAGCGACACACGAGAAGGAGUGGAAGUGCACUAACACACUGGCUUGUCUCAACCUAGGUAUGUCACUCUGACCAACUCACUGGUCUGUCUGUAUGUCACUCUGACCAACUCACUGGUCUGUCUGUAUGUCAGUCUGACCAACUCACAGGCCUGUCUCAACCUAGGUAUGUCACUCUGACCAACUCACUGGCCUGUCUGUAUGUCACUCUGACCAACUCACUGGUCUGUCUGUAUGUCACUCUGACCAACUCACUGGCCUGUCUGUAUGUCACUCUGACCAACUCACUGGUCUGUCUGUAUGUCAGUCUGACCAACUCACUGGUCUGUCUGUAUGUCAGUCUGACCAACUCACUGGUCUGUCUGUAUGUCAGUCUGACCAACUCACUGGUCUGUCUGUAUGUCAGUCUGACCAACUCACUGGUCUGUCUGUAUGUCAGUCUGACCAACUCACAGGCCUGUCUCAACCUAGGUAUGUCACUCUGACCAACUCACUGGCCUGUCUGUAUGUCACUCUGACCAACUCACUGGUCUGUCUGUAUGUCACUCUGACCAACUCACUGGCCUGUCUGUAUGUCACUCUGACCAACUCACUGGUCUGUCUGUAUGUCAGUCUGACCAACUCACUGGUCUGUCUGUAUGUCAGUCUGACCAACUCACUGGUCUGUCUGUAUGUCAGUCUGACCAACUCACUGGUCUGUCUGUAUGUCAGUCUGACCAACUCACUGGUCUGUCUGUAUGUCAGUCUGACCAACUCACUGGUCUGUCUCAACCUAGGUAUGUCACUCUGACCAACUCACGGGUCUGUCUGUAUGUCAGUCUGACCAACUCACUGGUCUGUCUGUAUGUCACUCUGACCAACUCACGGGCCUGUCUGUAUGUCAGUCUGACCAACUCACUGGUCUGUCUCAACCUAGGUAUGUCACUCUGACCAACUCACUGGUCUGUCUGUAUGUCAGUCUGACCAACUCACUGGUCUGUCUGUAUGUCAGUCUGACCAACUCACUGGUCUGUCUCAACCUAGGUAUGUCACUCUGACCAACUCACUGGUCUGUCUGUAUGUCAGUCUGACCAACUCACUGGUCUGUCUGUAUGUCAGUCUGACCAACUCACUGGUCUGUCUGUAUGUCAGUCUGACCAACUCACUGGUCUGUCUGUAUGUCACUCUGACCAACUCACUGGUCUGUCUGUAUGUCACUCUGACCAACUCACUGGUCUGUCUGUAUGUCAGUCGACCAACUCACUGGUCUGUCUGUAUGUCAGUCUGACCACUCACUGGUCUGUCUGUAUGUCACUCUGACCAAACUCACUGGUCUGUCUGUAUGUCAGUCUGACCAACCUCACUGGUCUGUCUGUAUGUCAGUCCUGACCAACUCACUGGCCUGCUGUAUGUCACUCUGACCAACUCACUGGUCUGUCUGUAUGUCACUCUGACCAACUCACUGGUCCUGUUCUGUAUGUCAGUCUGACCAACUCACUGGUCUGUCUGUAUGUCACUCUGACAACUCACUGGUCUGUCUGUUAUGUCGUCUGACCAAAUCACUGGUCUGCUGAUGUCCUCGACCAACUCACUGGUCUGUCUGUAGUCAGUCUGACCAACCACUGGUCUGUCUGUAUGUCACUCGGGCCAACUCACUGGUCUGUCUGUAUGUCAGUCUGACCACUCACGGUCUGUCUGUAUGUCAAAUCUGACCAAAUCACUGGUCUGUCUGGGAUGUCAUCUGACCAACCCCACUGGUCUGUCUGUAUGUCAGUCUGAACCAACUCACUGGUCUUCUGUAUGUCAGUCUGACCAACUCACUGGUCUGUCUGUAUGUCAGUCUGACCAAAUCACUGGCCUGUCUGUAUGUCAGUUGACCAACUCACGGGUCUGUCUGUAUGUCAGUCUGACCAACCCACUGGUCUGUCUGUAUGGGCAGUCUGAAACCCAAAUCACGGCCUGUCUGUAUGUCACUCUGACCAAAAUCACUUGGGCUGUCGUAUGUCGUCUGACCAACUCACUGGUCUGUCUGUAUGUCACUCUGACCAACUCACGGGUCUGUCUGUAUGUCAGUCUGACCAACUCACUGGUCUGUCUGUAUGUCACUCUGACCAACUCACUGGUCUGUCUGUAUGUCAGUCUGACCAACUCACUGGUCUGUCUGUAUGUCACUCUGACCAACUCACUGGUCUGUCUGUAUGUCACUCUGACCAACUCACUGGCCUGUCUGUAUGUCAGUCUGACCAACUCACGGGUCUGUCUGUAUGUCAGUCUGACCAACUCACUGGUCUGUCUGUAUGUCACUCUGACCAACUCACGGGUCUGUCUGUAUGUCAGUCUGACCAACUCACUGGUCUGUCUGUAUGUCAGUCUGACCAACUCACUGGUCUGUCUGUAUGUCAGUCUGACCAACUCACUGGUCUGUCUCAACCUAGGUAUGUCACUCUGACCAACUCACUGGUCUGUCUGUAUGUCAGUCUGUGUCGUUCUACAUACUUUUGUGCUGCUGAAUCGUUUUGGAACGGGUCGUAUUCAACACUCCGUCGUUCUGUUUCCAUAGUGUGUAGAGCCCUUUAUCUAAAAUGGCCUACAAAUUACAAUAUUUGGUGCUCGAUGUUUAUGAAACGUUGACCACGAAAACAUUCAGUAAUGGAUCACAAAAAUGUAAAAAAUCUCUGAACAAAAAACUGAAAUGACAGACAGAAACACGUCUCCGCUACAAUUGACCUCUCAACUUAGUAAUGUGAAAUGCUACCUCCCCUCAGUCCCGACUGUUUCCAUGGCCAAUAACAUUGUAUUGACCUUGGUAUGUCUGACCAAUCAACUGUUUGGAAUUUUAUCCUUCAUGGGGAAAGGGAUUCUUGUUUUGCUAGCUAAUCGCUUAUUUUGUUUCUCCAUGGUUAGAAAAUCAUAUAAAACGUUCAUUUAAAUUGAGCAUGUAGUAACCGUGCACAUUUCUGUAAAUAUAAAUAAAACUCAUAUUAAAGCUGUGUAAUGUGAAAUGGUGCCCCAGGGACUAGGCUUAGCCGGUAUCCAGAUUGACAUACCUUCAUACCGACCUUGUGCCAUACCGGGAUAUUCUGUAAUACCGGAACUGAACAAGGGCCGCUGUUUUCAAACCCCAUUUUAAUACUCUGUAAUCCGAAGGUUAGCAAUGCUAACAAGUACAUGUAAAAUCACACAGAGAAUGCUAACUAAAUGCUAACGAGCGCGGUGCGAACAUUUUGUACAGUGUCUGACCUGAACUAUAUAAGUAACUCAAAUGCUUCACAUUUUGCUGCACGCACAAAACCAAUCAAUAUUAGCCAGCAAGGCUCUUGAUCCAGGAGGGGAUUCUCUGCUGUAACCAAGCGAAUGCUCGAUUAUGGAAGAAGCUAACCACUUAGCUAGAUAGGUAACUAGCUACUACACUGGCAAAACAAAUGCACAACUGCAAACCAUUUAGCACAUUUUAGACAGUUAACUUAAAUAGUUAUAAGAUGUCUAGGUGCCCAACAUUUAGUUGUGAAUUCCAUCCUGUAAUUAGAUCACCUGGCGCGUGCUGCACAACACUGAUUGUAAACAAUGACCAUGUGACUUUGGGAUUACCGUAAACUUCAUAAUAAAUGUGACAGCUGAAAUGAAGAACGCAAUGUUCUUUAUCUCUUUUUAACGUAUUACACAAGUUGACUUCAGGUAUUUUACUUAAAAAGCAGCUACAAAUAUCUUUAUUUUAUUUAUAUAUAACUUCAAUGAAAUAGUUUCGACGGUAUUGGAAAAACCAUCCUGAGGCUUUCCCCAAAUACCCCGGUAUACCGCCCAAGCCUUCCAGCGACAUGAUUGGUUUGACUACACCACUGAUAUCUCUCUCCUCUGUCCCCCUCCUAGACUCGAUGGCGUGGGAGUCGGUGCUGAUGGACUCUCUGGAAGAUAACAUCCCCAGGGCCAGGGCCGGACACUGCUCCGUGGCCAUCAACUCGCGCCUCUACGUCUGGAGCGGCCGGGACGGGUACCGUAAGGCCUGGAACAACCAGGUGUGCUGUAAGGACCUCUGGUACCUGGAGACAGGUGAGUCCGAGUCCCUUAGUUCACUUAAUCAGUCAGUAUGACGCUUGUUCAGAAAGAUGCUGUUGCUUGUUUCUGUGUGUUAAUUGAAAAUAUCAAUAAUUUUAAUUUUGAUGUAGAACACUUUAAAGUACAGUGAAUCUCGACAUGAUAACCUCUGAAGUACUUGUGUGUUGAAAUUUAACAGUACAAAUAAGUUGGGGGUUAUACAUCGAAUCUUUAAGAAAUCGAAAUGCUUGAACAUUUUUAAUCAGGUAGUUACUUUUUGAUUUUGUAAAUACUAACUGCUUCUCUGUUCCCCACAGAGAAGCCCCACCCCCCGUCACGGGUGCAGUUGGUGAGAGCCAACACCAGCAGCCUGGAGGUGAGCUGGGGGGCGGUACCUACUUCGGACACCUACCUGCUGCAGCUGCAGAAGUACGAUAUCCCCCCCGCCUCAGCCACCACCUCCCCCGGUGUCAGCCCCGUGACGUCACUACCGGUCAACUCCCCCAAGAGCCCCGUCACAGCCUCUGCUGCGGCGUCCGCCCAGGGCCACCCUCUCCAGGGCUUAACGCUGGUGCCCUCCCCCACCACCUCCAUGCCUGGGAGUCCACUGGCUGCUGCUAACACACGCGGGCCAGGUAACGACUACUGACGGACUCACUCCAUUUUAUUUUUAUUUCUGUAAUAUUUUAAAUGCUCUUUUUUUUUUUUUUUUGGGCUUAAUUCUCAAUACUGUUGUUAAUUAUAAUUGUGUCAAAACAAAAUCAAAGCGUUUCUUUCCAGAUCAGCCACCAUCUUAAACAAGGUUUUUAUUUUCUCCCCUACAGCUAUUCUGAAGGUGGCUGCUCCCCACUCCACCACAGGCACCUCCAUCGUCACGGUGAGACAGGCCAACCAGGGCGGGAAAUCUCCCGUAACGGUGACAUCACUUCCUGCCGGGGUCCGCAUGGUGGUGCCGGCCCAGGGCACACAGGGAACGGUACGAGUAAAGGACGUACGAUGGUCCCAAAUGGCCCCCUAUUUCCUAUAUAGUGCACUACUUUUUGACUAGGGCCCAUAGGGGAAUUCACACUACAAAUUAUCACCCUCAUGCACUUAAGGAAAUUACGAAUAUUAUGGAUGCAUUGGAACUAGUGGAUAUAUGGAGGCUUAAAUAUCCUGAUCUAGUGGAAUAUACACUACCGUUCAAAAUUUGGGGUCACUUAGAAAUUGUCAAAAUUUGGGGUCACUUAGAAAUGUCCUUGUUUUCGUAAGAAAAGCAAAAAAAUGUGUCCAUUUUAAAAUGACAUCAAUUGAUCAGAAAUGCAGUGUAGACAUAGUUGAUGUUGUAAAUGGCUAAUGUAGCUGUGUCCUGUGGCACGUUGUGUUUGCUAAUCUAAGUUUAUCAUUUUAAAAGGCUAAUUGAUCAUUAGAAAACCCUUUUGCAAUUAUGUUAGCACAGCUGAAAACUGUUUUGCUGAUUAAAGAAGCAAUAAAACUGGCCUUCUUGAGACUAGUUGAGUAUCUGGAGCAUCAGCAAUUGUGGAUUCGAUUACAGGAUCAAAAUGGCCAGAAACAAAAAACUUUCUUCUAAAACUCGUCAGUCUAUUCUUGUUCUGAGAAAUGAAGGCUAUUCCAUGCAAGAAAUUGCCAAGAAACUGAAGAUCUCGUACAACGCUGUGUACUACUCCCUUCACAGAACAGCGCAAACUGGCUCUAACCAGAAUAGAAAGAGGAGUGGGAGGCCCCGGUGCACAACUGAACAAGAGGACAAAUACAUUAGUGUCUCACAGGUCCUCAACUGGCAGCUUCAUUAAAUAGUACCCGCAAAACACCAGUCUCAACGUCAACAGUGAAGAGGCGACUCCGGGAUGCUGACCUUCUAGGCAGAGAUGCAAAGAAAAAGCCAUAUCUCAGACUGGCCAAUAAAAAGAAAAGAUUAAGAUGGGCAAAAGAACACAGACACUGGACAAAGGAAGAUUGGAAAAAAAGUGUUAUAGACAGGCGAAUCGAAGUUUGAGGUGUUCGGAUGACAAAGAAGAACAUUUGUGAGACGCAGACCAAAUAAAAAGAUGCUGUAGGAGUGCUUGAUGCCAUCUGUCAAGCAUGUGGAGGCAAUGUGAUGGUCUGGGGGUGCUUUGGUGGUGGUAAAGUGGGAGAUUUGUACAGGGUAAAAGGGAUCUUGAAGAAGGAAGGCUAUCACUCCAUUUUGCAACGAAGAAGAAGAAGAAGCAGUCAGCUGGUAUUCUGUCUAUAAUGGUGUGGCCAGCACAGUCACUGGAUCUCAACCCUACUGAGCUGUUGUGGGAGCAGCUUGACCGUGUGGGAGCAGCUUGACCUUGUGGGAGGUGCUUCAGGAAGCAUGGGGUGAAAUCUCUUCAGAUUACCUCAACAAAUUGACAACUAGAAUGCCAAAGGUCUGCAAGGCUGUAAUUGCUGCAAAUGGAGGAUUCUUUUGACGAAAGCAAAGUUUGAAGGACACAAUUAUUAUUUCUAUUAAAAAUCAUUAUUUCUAACCUUGUCAAUGACUACAUUUCCAAUGCAUUUUUGCUAUAUUUCCUAUUCAAACUCAUUUCAUGUAUGUUUUCAUGGAAAACAAGGACAUUUCUAAGUGACCCCAAACUUUUGAACGGUAGUGUACACGGCAGAGGAUCAAUCAAGCUGGUCGUCUUGACUACUCUCUUAUGGCAUUCUCGUUGGCACCAAAAGUUUAAAAAGUGUUGAUAGGGGGCAGAAUGCGGUCGGACUAUCAAAUAAUUGGCAUUACACAUUACUCUUACAGAAUAUCCGUGAGGGUAUUGGAAAUGUGAUCAAAGCCUACUGUGACAAAUUGUUUUUUUUACCAAGACAGAAGAAUUUAACUGACUUUUUCCUGCGUAACGGUACAGCAGAUCCUCUUAUUGUGAUGGACACUUUAAAAGUACCCUUAAUACGCAAAGCAAAAACUAUUUAGGUCAAGAGUUCAUCUUAAAAAAAGAAAAAAAUAGGAACUAUAUAUAAUUAUAAUACAUAUAUAACUAUGGAAGGACUAACAGUAUAAAUAGAUGGCAAUAAUAACUAACCAGAAUAAGUAAAGAGGAAAAACAAAAAUAAAUGGUGGAACUUAUUCAAGAAAGAUCAAGUGUAAUACAUUAUAAAAAAUUAAGCGAACUGGAUGGAAUAUGCACCAAAUCUAUUUUUUGAUCUUCAACAUAGAAAUGCUACCAAAAAGAAUUUACUGAAACUUGUUACAAAUGACGAGUCACCCAUGAUUCACAUAACAAUAUCUUGAAAGAGGAAGAUAACAAUAUUUUGAAAGAGGAAGCAAAGUACUUUAAGCAUAUGUUCUCAUUUCAUUCUCCUCCAUUUCCACUAACUGAAGUUAAUGGUAAGGAUAUUUUCUAUUAAUAGUGUAAAUUUAACAGAUAUACAGAGACUCAAGUGAAGGCCUAUUUACAGAGGAGGAACUUCUAGAUGCAAUUUAAAGCAUCUCCAGGGUGGAUGGCAUACCAGUUGAGGUACAGUGCAUUCGGAAAAGUAUUCAGACCCCUUGACUUCUUCCACAUUUUGUAACAUUACAGCCUUAUUCUAAAAUUGAUUAAAUUGUUGUUGUUUUUUUCUCGUCAAUCUACACACAAUACCCCAUAAUGACAAAGCAAAAACUGUUUUUUUAUUAAUUUGAGCAAAUAAAAAAAAAUACUGAAAUAUAAUAUUUACAUAAGUAUUCAGACCCUCUACUCAGUACUUUGUUGAAGCACCUUUGGCAGCGAUUACAGCCUCAAGUCUUUUUGGGUAUGACGCUACAAGCUUGGCACACCUGUAUUUGGGGAGUUUCUCCCAUUCUUCUCUGCAGAUCCUCUCAAGCUCUGUCGGGUUGGAUGGGGAGCGUCGCUGCACAUCUUUUUUCAGGUCUCUCCAGAGAUGUUCGAUCGGGUUCAAGUCCGGGCUCUGGUUGGGCCACUCAAGGACAUUCAGAGACUUGUCCCGAAGCCACUCCUGCGUUGUCUUUGCUGUGUGCUUAAGGUUGUUGUCCUGUUGGAAGGUGAACCUUCGCCUCAGUCUGAGGUCCUGAGCGCUCUGGAGUAGGUUUUCAUCAAGGAUCUCUGUACUUUGCUCCGUUCAUCUUUCCCUUGAUCCUGAUUUGUCUCCCAGUCCCUGCCGCUGAAAAACAUCUCCACAGCAUGAUGCUGCCACCACCAUGCUUCACCGUAGGGAUGGUGCCAGGUUUCCUCCAGACGUGACGCUUGGCAUUCAGGCCAAAGUGUUCAAUCUUAGUUUCAUCAGACAAGAAAAUCUUGUUUCUCAUGGUCUGAGAGUCCUUUAGGUGGCUUUUGGCAAACUCCAAGCGGGCUGUCAUGUGCCUUUUUACUGAGGAGUGGCUUCCGUCUGGCCACCCUACCAUAAAGGCCUGAUUGGUGGAGUGCUGCAGAGAUAGUUGUCCUUCUGGAAGGUUCUCCCAUCUCCUCAGAUGAACUCUGGAGCUCUGUCAGAGUGACCAUUGGAUUCUUGGCCACCUCCCUGACCAAGGCCCUUCUCCCCCGAUUGCUAAGUUUGGUCGGGCAGCCAGCUCUAGGAAGAGUCUUGGUGGUUCCAAACUUCUUCCAUUUAAGAACGAUGGAGGCCGCUGUGUUCUUGGGGAUCUUCAAUGCUGCAGACAUUUUUUUGGUAUCCUUCCCCAGAUCUGUGCCUCGACACAAUCCUGUCUCGGAGCUCUAUGGACAAUUCCUUCGAUCUCAUGCGCCUUUCCAAAUCAUGUCCAAUCAAUUGAAUUUACCACAGGUGGACUCCAAGUUGUAGAAACAUCUCAAGGAUGAUCAAUGGAAACAGGAUGCACCGGAGCUCAAUUUUCGAGUCUCAUAGCAAAGGGUCUGAAUACUUUCCGAAGGCACUGGAUAUCAAAUGUUUUUUGAUGUACUCAAAGGGACGUUAUUAACAUGUUUUAACCACUCCUAUAAAAACGGUAGACUAUCAGAUACUCAGCAAGAAGGUCUGAUUUCACUAUUACUGAAACAGGACCCAAGUGGUAAAUAUAAAGAUCCAGUCAAUUAAAAUAUUGGAGGCACCUUACACUUCAGUGUUGUGAUGCAAAAAUCCUAGCAAAAUGCUUAGAACAUAUAAUUAAAAAUAUAUUAUUCAUUCUAAUCAGACAGGUUUUUUACAUGGACGAUACAUUGGAGAUAAUAUAAGGCAAGUACUGGAAACAAUAGAACACUAUGAAAAAUCUGGGAAACCAGGCCUGCUAUUCAUAGCUGACUUUGAAAAGGCCUUUUAGUAAAGUACGACUGGAAUUUUAUAUAGAAAUGCCUGAACUGUUUUAAUUUUGGAGAAUCUCUUAUACAAUGGGUUAAAGUUAUGUAUAGUAACCCCAGGUGUAAAAUGGUAAAUAAUGGCUACUUCUCAGUAAGUAUUAAAUUGUCAAGAAGAGUAAAACAAGGCUGUCCAUUAUCGGCAUAUCUAUUUAUUAUGGCCAUCAAUGUUAGCUAUUAAAAAUCAGAUCCAACAAUGAUAUCAAGGGGAUUAGAAAUCCAGGGCUUAAAAACAAAGGUGUCAUUGUACGCUGACGAUUCAUGUUUUCUUCUAAAUCCGACAUUUGGAUCCCUGCACAGCCUCAUAGAGGAUCUAGAUGAUGUUUCUAGGCGGCAGGUAGCUUAGUGGUUAAGAGCGUUGUACCAGUAACCGAAAGGUUGCUGGUUCUAAUCCCCGAGCCGACUAGGUGAAAAAUCUGUCGAUGUGCCCUUGAGCAAGGCACUUAACCCUAAUUGCUCCUGUAAGUCGCUCUGGAUAAGAGCGUCUGCUAAAUGACCAAUUUAUUUAUUUUUUAUUUAUUUUUCUAACCUCUCUGGAUUAAAACCGAAUUAUGAUAAGAGCACAACAUUAGGUAUUGGAACUCUAAAAAUAUACGACUUUUACAUUACCGCGUAGUUUACAAAUAAAAUGGUCCGACGGUGAAGUGGACAUACUCGGUAUUCAUAUCCCGAAAUAAAUAAAUAAAUGAUCUCACUACUAUACAUUUUUUUAAUAGAAAAUUAGUCAAGUUAGAUAAGAUUUUACUACCAUGGAAAGGACAACACCUGUCUUUUUGGAAAAAAAUCACCCUGAUUUUAACUCUUUUUAGUCAUGUCCCAGUUUAUUUACUUAUGGGCCCUGCUAACACCUAUCAAUGUUUUUAUUAUAUGAGGCAAAAAUAUUCUACUUUAUUUUGAAAGGCAAGCCAGACGAAAUUUUAACCGGCCUAUUUAUUUUAUAUAAUGAAUAUGAAUUCGGAGGUCAAAUAUUAAAGCAUUGGACCUCUCACUGAAGGCUUUAGUCGUACAAAAACUAUACUUAAAUCCAAACAUUCUAUUGGUUGCACGAAUAUUGUGUCGUUUUGUGUAUCAGUUCAUAAACCAUGUGCCGUGGAAUCGGUACAUCGAAAAUCUCCUCCCAACUAUUUUUGCAACCUGUACGGUGCAGCUAAAAAUUAAAUUAAAAUAAACACUAUUUCUCAAUUUUCUUUAGCCAAUUUUGGUCUUUAGUGCAGGGCCGACAGAAAAGUUCCUUUUCCCUCUUCCACUUGCCUACUCCAUUUUUGAGGUAAUGCUGCUUUUUUGUUGUAAUUUGACAAUUUGUAAAAUGACUAAAAUGUAAAUGUACUUUUGGAUAGAGCAGAGAUUUUUGUUAUCUGCAUGUGUGCCAUAACUCCACCAGUUCUAUUUAUGAUAUAAUUUAUAAAGAUGAUACCGUUUUUAUUUUCGAAGCCCGACCGAGUCAUAUAGUUGUUGAGCAUCACAACUUAUUUAUACAAAAUAUCAUUGGUUAAUUGGUUUGACUUGAUUGUGUACACCUGGGGCAAUGGACAUUCAGCAUUUACAAAAUGUUCGGAUAGAAAUGUAUUGUGUAGAUCCAAUAUGACUGUCAGAUUGGAGUAGUAUAGGAGAUCGUAUCCAAUAUGACUGUCAGAUUGGAGUAGUAUAGGAGAUCGUAUCCAAUAUGACUGUCAGAUUGGAGUAGUAUAGGAGAUCGUAUCCAAUAUGACUGUCAGAUUGGAGUAGUAUAGGAGAUCGUAUCCAAUAUGACUGUCAGAUUGGAGUAGUAUAGGAGAUCAUGUUCUCUAUUUAUUAUAUGUCUUCAACAGGCAGUUCCAGAUACAACCCUGCCAUUAGUUGAAGACAGCCAAUCCAAUAGUAACAUAAAAAUGGUCACUUCCUGAUAUCUGUAUUCAAAUAUAUAUAUAUAUAUAUAUUUUUAAGUAGUUGCUUUCUCAGAUCUGUAUUCAAAUAGUUUAGUAAAGUAGUCACUUUCUGAGAUCUGUAUUAAAAUAGUUUUAAAAAGUAGAUAUUUUUUUUUAGAUCUGUAUUCAGAUAGUUGAAGUCACCUCUAAAGUAACUUUAUUCACCCUGGAAAAUAGUUACUUUCCACAAGUUAUCCCCAGGUCUGAUUAAUGCACAACAAGUUUAGUUCCUUCUCUUACAUCGAUCCUUCCCUAAUCCUAUGAGUACCAAAACCUUAUGCACUUCGAGAUUAUUCUUGUAAAAAAAAAAAAAAAAAAGUUAUUUAUAAAUGUACAUUUUUCCAUAUCUGCUUCCUCCCUUUCUCCUUCUCAGCCAAUGGGCAGCAGCCCUCAGAUGAGUGGCAUGGCUGCGCUGGCUGCAGCUGCUGCGGCCACCCAGAAGAUCCCGCCCUCCACGGCCACCAUGCAGCUACCAGCUGGUGCUACUAUGGUCAAGACCGUGGCCAUGAGCCCCGGAUCACAGACUGUCAAAGUAGCCUCGCCUGUUAUGGUAAGAGAUCCCUGGACUAACACACACACACACCCCAUGUAAACCUCUGCUGUUAAUUAUAAACUCUUCUGGUUCACUAGAGCGAUUUGUUUAUCAAGGCUACACUCCAAUAUCCACAGUACCUACUUCCUCUCUCUCCUUCUUCUCUCUCCUCUAUCUUUCUCUCUGUCUGUCUGUCUGUCUGUGUUUCACUCGGGUCUCUCACCCGGUGUCGCCCUCCUAGGUUAGUAACCCAGCCACCCGCAUGCUGAAGACUGCUGCGGCUCAGGUGGGCACGUCAGGUGUCGCCACACCCGGAACGCCCACUCGCCCAAUCAUCACCGUGCACAAGUCUGGCACGGUGACGGUCGCCCAGCAACACCAGGUGGUUACCACGGUAGUGGGAGGAGUCACUAAGACCAUCACCCUGGUCAAGAGUCCCCUUACUAUGGGGGGAGGCGGAACACUGGUAAGAUGAUUUUUAGUGGCCUUGGCAGGAUCCAUAAAUUGGCCAGCUAACUUUGAUAAACAUUCAGAAAUAACUAGAUUUUUUGGUUCUACGGUUUGGAAUAGUUGUUGUAUGAAUCAAUUGAAUUAAUAAUAAUAAUAUAUGAAGUAACUUUUAUAAUUCAGAAAUGACUUUCGAUUUUCUGGUUUGGUUUUUGGUUAAGCCAAAGCUAAACUUGGAAUAUGGGUUGUAUUUGUUGAAUUAAUGCCAAUUCCCAUUUCAAGCAUCCUUCCUAUAAAAGAUGUUUAAAUAAAUCUGAACAUUGAAGCUAAGCAAGUUAUCUGGGUAGCUCAUUGAACCCCAGCUUUGUGACAUACCCGUACACCUGGUUUAGCAGUGACUCACUGCAUCUGUUUUGUGCCCCGUUCUAAGCUGACUGCAGCCAACCAGGGUCAAAACAAACUGAUGUCUGGCAAGGACGUACAGAAUUGGGUUAGUUAGGAUGCAUUCUGUUGUCUUUUACAUGCAUAACAAACAGUCCAUUCCCCGACGGGGGUCACACACACAUACUAAACAUGUACUGUAUGGAAGUCGCUUUGGAUAAAAGCAUCUGCUAACCUCCAUAAAUGAAUGAAUUAAUUGUAUUUGUGACAAAUGUAAAAUACCCACCCAUGUAUGUUAUUAUCUGACAUUAAAUUGGCCUAUCUUGAUAAAGUCAUGUGGAAAGCAUCUGCUAAGUAGCAUAUAUUAUAUUAUGUUUAUAAAUAGACCUAUCUUGAUAAUAUAAAGCGUGUGUUGUUUUGACAAGUCUCUCCUCUGUAAUCUGACUGUCUCUCCUCUGUCCUCCAGCUGUCCAACUGUCCAACCUGGGAAAGGUGAUGUCAGUGGUCCAGACGAAGCCUGGUCAGACCGGAGCGGUGACGGGACAGGCUGGCUCCAGCCUGCAGCACAUCAUACAGGUCAGUAGUCUGAUCUGGAUCAGGGAUGGGUGACUCCAGUCCUCUCAGUAGUCUGAUCUGGAUCAGGGAUGGGUGACUCCAGUAGUCUGAUCUGGAUCAGGGAUGGGUAACUCCAGUAGUCUGAUCUGGAUCAGGGAUGGGUAACUCCAGUAGUCUGAUCUGGAUCAGGGAUGGGUGACUCCAGUCCUCUCAGUAGUCUGAUCUGGAUCAGGGAUGGGUGACUCCAGUCCUCUCAGUAGUCUGAUCUGGAUCAGGGAUGGGUGACUCCAGUCCUCUCAGUAGUCUGAUCUGGAUCAGGGAUGGGUAACUCCAGUAGUCUGAUCUGGAUCAGGGAUGGGUGACUCCAGUCCUCUCAGUAGUCUGAUCUGGAUCAGGGAUGGGUGACUCCAGUCCUCUCAGUAGUCUGAUCUGGAUCAGGGAUGGGUGACUCCAGUCCUCUCAGUAGUCUGAUCUGGAUCAGGGAUGGGUGACUCCAGUCCUCUCAGUAGUCUGAUCUGGAUCAGGGAUGGGUAACUCCAGUCCUCUCAAUAGUCUGAUCUGGAUCAGGGAUGGGUGACUCCAGUCCUCUCAGUAGUCUGAUUUGGAUCAGGGAUGGGUGACUCCAGUCCUCUCAGUAGUCUGAUUUGGAUCAGGGAUGGGUGACUCCAGUCCUCUCAGUAGUCUGAUCUGGAUCAGGGAUGGGUGACUCCAGUCCUCUCAGUAGUCUGAUCUGGAUCAGGGAUGGGUAACUCCAGUCCUCUCAGUAGUCUGAUCUGGAUCAUUUAGUUCAGGGAUGGGUAACUCCCAGUUCUGUGAAUGACUAGCACUCUAUACCAGGGAUGGGUAACUCCCAGUUCUGUGAAUGACUAGCACUCUAUACCAGGGAUGGGUAACUCCCAGUUCUGUGAAUGACUAGCACUCUAUACCAGGGAUGGGGAACUCCCAGUUCUGUGAAUGACUAGCACUCUAUACCAGGGAUGGGGAACUCCCAGUUCUGUGAAUGACUAGCACUCUAUACCAGGGAUGGGGAACUCCCAGUUCUGUGAAUGACUAGCACUCUAUACCAGGGAUGGGGAACUCCCAGUUCUGUGAAUGACUAGCACUCUAUACCAGGGAUGGGUAACUCCCAGUUCUGUGAAUGACUAGCACUCUAUACCAGGGAUGGGGAACUCCCAGUUCUGUGAAUGACUAGCACUCUAUACCAGGGAUGGGGAACUCCCAGUUCUGUGAAUGACUAGCACUCUAUACCAGGGAUGGGUAACUCCAGUCCUCGGGGGCCUGAUUUGGGAUCUCACUUUUUUCCCCAUCCCUAGCAAACACAGCUGAUUUUAAACUAAUGACAUUCCAAACUGAAGACCAUGAUUAGUUGAUUAUUGGAGUCAGGUGUGUUUGCAGGCACUGGGGCAAAAUUGUGUCUCCAAUUAGGCCCAUGAGGAGUUGGACAACCCUGAUUUAGGGCUUGUGUCCAGGACCAGUUUUAACAUCUGUGGGUAUGUUUGAAAUGUCUUUAGAUCUAGUGGAAAAAUCUCUAGACAGCCUAGUCCUAGUCUGUUCUGAUGUGCUUGAUCAGUCUAGUGUUCUGAUGUGCAGGAUCAGUCUAGUGUUCUGAUGUGCAGGAUCAGUCUAGUGUUCUGAUGUUGCAGGAUCAGUCUAGUGUUCUGAUGUUGCAGGAUCAGUCUAGUGUUCUGAUGUGCAGGAUCAGUCUAGUGUUCUGAUGUGCAGGAUCAGUCUAGUGUUCUGAUGUUGCAGGAUCAGUCUAGUGUUCUGAUGUGCAGGAUCAGUCUAGUGUUCUGAUGUGCAGGAUCAGUCUAGUGUUCUGAUGUUGCAGGAUCAGUCUAGUGUUCUGAUGUGCAGGAUCAGUCUAGUGUUCUGAUGUUGCAGGAUCAGUCUAGUGUUCUGAUGUUGCAGGAUCAGUCUAGUGUUCUGAUGUGCAGGAUCAGUCUAGUGUUCUGAUGUUGCAGGAUCAGUCUAGUGUUCUGAUGUGCAGGAUCAGUCUAGUGUUCUGAUGUGCAGGAUCAGUCUAGUGUUCUGAUGUUGCAGGAUCAGUCUAGUGUUCUGAUGUGCAGGAUCAGUCUAGUGUUCUGAUGUGCAGGAUCAGUCUAGUGUUCUGAUGUGCAGGAUCAGUCUAGUGUUCUGAUGUUGCAGGAUCAGUCUAGUGUUCUGAUGUGCAGGAUCAGUCUAGUGUUCUGAUGUGCAGGAUCAGUCUAGUGUUCUGAUGUGCAGGAUCAGUCUAGUGUUCUGAUGUGCAGGAUCAGUCUAGUGUUCUGAUGUGCAGGAUCAGUCUAGUGUUCUGAUGUGCAGGAUCAGUCUAGUGUUCUGAUGUGCAGGAUCAGUCUAGUGUUCUGAUGUGCAGGAUCAGUCUGCCAACCUGCGAUAUCUUUCUCAAAGGACCAUGUUUCAUGUUGUACGUCAGCUUCCACCUCUUAUCUUCACCUCCGACCCCUAACCCUCAACCCCUCCAUCUCCUUCCUUUCAACCAGACUAAAGGUCCCCUCCCGGCGGGCACCAUCCUGAAGCUAGUGACAUCAGCAGACGGGAAGCCCACCACGAUCAUCACAACGUCCCAGGCUGGGACCGUUGGGGGAAAGCCUACCAUUCUGUCUUACAGCGGCAUGCCCACCACAACCAAACCUGGCACACACAUCAUCAAGACCAUACCCAUGUCUGCCAUCGGACAAGCAGGUUAGUUCUGUCUGCUUCCUAUAUAUAUCAACCAAUUAAUCAAUCAAUUAAUCCAAUCAAUUGAUCGGCUUAUUUAUAAAGCCCUUUUUUACAUUAUGUCACAAAAUGCUUUACCUUGAAAGCAAUUUGUGACAAAUAUUGUUGUUAAAAGAGGGCUUUCUAGAUAGUUUGAUUCAUAGAAGUCAGCACUACAUUUGGGAUUUGUAGAAUGUUUUCGUAGUGGCCCAUUGGUGCAACCAAAUCAACCAUUUUUAAAUGUGUAUACAUAUAACUUGAAUCUGUUGUCUGGUCAGGAGUGACAGGAAGUGGUAUGAAGUCCCCCAUUACCAUCAUCACCACUAAGAUGAUGACACCAGGCACCGGGACUCCAGGCAAGAUCAUCAGCGCUAUGCCCAGAGCUGGUGCUGGCCAGCAGGGACUCACACAGGUACACCCAACCCUCUCUAACCUUAACCCUGGUACAAUAACACCAAGCAAGAUCAUCGGCGCUAUGCCCAGAGCUGGGGCUGGCCAGCAGGGACUCACACAGGUACACCCAACCCUCUCUAACCUUAACCCUGGUACAAUAACACCAAGCAAGAUCAUCGGCGCUAUGCCCAGAGCUGGUGCUGGCCAGCAGGGACUCACACAGGUACACCCAACCCCCUCUAACCUUAACCCUGGUACAAUAACACCAAGCAAGAUCAUCGGCGCUAUGCCCAGAGCUGGGGCUGGCCAGCAGGGACUCACACAGGUGGUACUGUACAGCCUUACCCGCUCCAGUCCCUAACCUGGGUCAGGUAAAAAGAACGUUGUAAAAGGUAUGAAAAGCAGGAGGAAACCGUGCUAUACAUCUCUGUUCUGGCUACAGGCUCCAGUUCAGGCUGGGCAAUAUGGCCCAAAUAUAAUAUCAUACAUUAUUUUUUUUGCCGGUGGUAUUUGACAGCAUUUUGUUUUUGAAUAAUAGAAGUUCAAAAAAAUGCUUUGAGUAAGUUCAUGACCCCUAUGGUGGCAACACAUAAAUUAUAAGUGAUUUUCGAUGGGUCUUUAUCCAUUCUGAUUUGUUUUAUACUGUUCAAUAAUCCAACUUCAAACAAAAAUAACUUUAGGGCAUUUUCUACCAUUUUCAUUUCCACGCUGUGCCACGCAGGGCUGCUAUGCCAUCUAAUUGCAGUCGCUGUACUCAUAAUAUACAGGAGAACUAUGGUGAGGAUCGCCGUGUUGCAAGCCCAGCUUCAGAUGCAAUCGUUAAGCAAGGGCAAUGUAAGUGUAGGAAAGGAUUUUAUUUAUUUAACCAGGUAAGCCAGUUGAGAACAAGUUCUCAUUUACAACUGCGACCUGGCCAAGAUAAAGCAAAGCAGUGCGAAUAAAACAACAACAACAACACAGAGUUACAUAUGGGAUAAAACAGCGUCUGUGACACCAGUAAGUACAGAUAGUAGUAUACAGUGCCUUCGGAAAGUAUUCAGACCCCUUGAUUUUCCCCACAUUUUGUUACGUUACAGCCUUAUUCUAAAAUUGAUAAAAUUGUUUUUUUUCCCCCUCAAUCUACACACAAUACCCCAUAAUGACAAAGCAAAAACAGGUUGUUAGAAAUGUUUGCUAAUUUAUUAAAAAUAAAUAUCACAUUUACAUAAGUAUUCAGACCCUUUACGCAGUACUUUGUUGAAGCACCUUUGGCAGCGAUUACAGCGUUGAGUCUUCUUGGGUAUGACGCUACAAGCUUGGCACACCUGUAUUUGGGGAGUUUCUUCAUUCUUCUCUGCAGAUCCUCUCAAGCUCUGUCAGGUUGGAUGGGGAGCGUCGCUGCACAGCUAUUUUCAGGUCUCUCCAGAGAUGUUAGAUCGGGUUCAAGUCCGGGCUCUGGCUGGGCCACUCAAGGACAUUCAGAGACUUGUCAGGAAGCCACUCCUGCGUUGUCUUGGCUGUGUGCUUAGGGUCGUUGUCCUGUUGGAAGGUGAACCUUCGACCCAGUCUGAAGUCCUGAGUGCUCUGGAGCAGGUUUUCAUCAAGGAUCUCUCUGUACUUUUCUCCAUCUUUCCCUCAAACCUGACUAGUCUCCCAGACCCUGCCGCUGAAAAACAUCUCCACAGCAUGAUGCUGCCACCACCAUGCUUCACUGUAGGGAUGGUGCCAGGUUUCCUCCAGACUUGACGCUUGGCAUUCAGGCCAAAGAGUUCAAUCUUGGUUUCAUCAGACCAGAGAAUCUUGUUUCUCAUGGUCUGAGAGUCCUUUAGGUGCCUUUUGGCAAACUCAAAGCGGGCUGUCGUGCCUUUUAUUGAGGAGUGGCUUCCGUCUGGCCACCCCUACCAUAAAGGCCUGAUUGGUGGUGUGCUGCAGAGAUGGUUGUCCUUCUGGAAGGUUCUCCCAUCUCCACAGAGGAACUCUGGAGCUCUGUCAGAGUGACCAUCGGGUUCUUGGUCACCUCCCUGACCAAUGCCCUACUCCCCCGAUGACUCAGUGUGGCUGGGCGACCAGCUCUAGGAAGAGUCUUGGUGGUUCCAAACUUCUUCCAUUUAAGAACGAUGGAGGCCACUGUGUUCUUGGGGACCUUCAAUGCUGCAGACAUUUUUUUGGUACCCUUCCCCAGAUCUGUGCCUCGACACAAUCCUGUCUCGGAGCUCUACGGACAAUUCCUUCGACCUCAUGGCUUGGUUUUUGCUCUGACAUGCACUGUCAACAGUGGGACCUGAUAUAGACAGGUGUGUGCCUUUCCAAAUCAUGUCCAAUCAAUUGAAUUUACCACAGGUGGACUCCAAUGAAGUUGUAGAAACAUCUCAAAGAUCAAUGGGAACAGGAUGCACCUGAGCGCAAUUUCGAGGAUCAUAGCAAAGGGUCUGAAUACUUAACGAAAUAAGUUAUUGCUGUUUUAUUUUAAAUACAUUUUCAAAAAUGUCUAACAUGUUUUCGCUUUUGUCAUUAUGGGGUUUUGUGUGUAGAUUGAUGAGGAUAUUUUUUUUCUUCUUCUAUUUUAGAAUAAGGCUGUAAAGUAAUACUUUCCAAAGAUAGUGUAAAUCUUUCUUCUGGAAACAAAUGCUGUCGGCAUGCUCAACCAGUGUCGCUCAUUCAGCCGACAAAACUUUCAACCGGUUCUCCCCAUUUAAGCAACGAGUCAGAGGCCGAGCCUUCUCAGGUCUCUCCUCCACCCGUUACGGGGUCUGAGUCAGAGGCCGAGCCUUCUCAGGUCUCUCCUCCACCCGUUACGGGGUCUGAGCCACCGAAGCCUCCCACCAUUAGCUCUGACAAAUUGAAAACCGUAGUCAUUGGCAACUCCAUUACCCGCAAUAUUAGACUUAGAAAUACACUGUUUACCAGGGGGCAGGGCUACCGAUAUAAAGGCUAAUCUGUAGAGGGUGCUGGCUAAGGCUCAAACUGGCGAGUAUAGGGAUAUUGUUAUCCACGUCGGCACCAAUGAUGUUAGGAUGAAACAGUCAGAGUUUACCAAGCGCAACAUAGCUUCAGCGUGUAAAUUAGCUAUAAAGAUGUCGGCACUGAGUAAUUGUCUCUGGCCCCCUCCCAGUUAGGGGAAGUGAUGAGCUCUACAGCAUUCUCUCAAAACUCAGUCGCUGGUUGAGAACUGUUUUCUGCCCCUCCCAAAAGAUAGAAUUUGUCGAUAAUUGGCCCUCUUUCUGGGACUCACCCACAAACAGGACCAAGCCUGGCCUGCUGAGGAGUGACGGACACCAUCCUAGCUGGAGGGGUGGGCAGCACCUUGAAUACAUUGUUAUUUGAUAUGACAACGAAUGAAUAAACCAGGGAGGAAUUAUUGACGUGUAGGAACCAAAAGUGUUUGUCAGUGUAUCCAGGGGACCCUAAUUAGAUGUUACAUUACCUCAUGUAGCUAGCUAACAUUUCCACGCUUCGCCCAUUCCUUUCUGAUUUUAGAAGAUACCGUUGCACAAACAACAUGCUGAUCUAGGUCAACACCAUCACUGGUACCAGGCUGUGUAAGCUAGCUAAGUUUGCUCUGCAUCUUAGUACAUUUAGCUAGCUAGUUAACGUUAGCCAGCUUACUAGCGAUUAGCAUUAGCAGCUAACACAAUUUUAUUUUAGCCACAACUUCCUAAGAAAAGACAAACUAGCAGACAGUAGUUUUCAGAGAGUACAAACUAAUAGUGUAAUUAUCAUACAAGGCUUAUGGAAAGCAGCAUUUUUUUUCACCAACAUGUUGUCGCAUCCAUCUGACCGUGCGGAGUGAACAGCAAAAGUGCUCGUGACUCCGUGGUCGAGCGACUGCUUCUGUCCUCAGGAGGCUGAGAAUAUUUGGCAGCUACGCCAUUGUAUGGCAGCUACGCCAUUGUAUGGCAGCUACGCCAUUGUAUGGCAGCUACGCCAUUGUAUGGCAGCUACGCCAUUGUAUGGCAGCUACGCCAUUGUAUGGCAGCUGCUUGGCAUGCGACUGCAAAGGCGCUACAGAGGGUAGUACGUACGGCCCAGUACAUCACUGGAGCCAAGCUUCCUGCCAUCCAGGACCUCUAUACCAGGCGGUGUUGGUUAACUAUUUAACUAUCUGCGUUGACCCUUUUUGCGAUAUCUUUUUUGAGUCACAUACACUGCUGCUACUGUUUUUAUUAUGUCACUUUAUCCCUAGUUAUAUGUACAUAUCUACCUCAAUUACCUCAUACCAGGCAGGGGGCAGGACAGGGCAGGGGACAUGGGCGGGGCAGGACAGGACAGGGAGCGGGGCUUGGUUAGCGGCAUGUAGCAGGAGGAAAGGGAGAAAGAUGAUUCUAGUAGCAAACCGAGUCAACUAUAAAAACGUAGAUUACACGCACCGGAGUUACGUAUCACAUUUAACAAAGCAAACAUCGAAAUGCCGUUAUAGAAGGUAAGUAAAAACCCAAACUGGUCCGUGCAUCAAUACCAGUAUAUAUUAAAUACAGUAAACCGUUCAGCCCUGAGUCCAUUAGUCAAAUAUCAAACUGUUGUUCAGGUUAAUGUAAUAAUCCAUUUUUUUUUUUUGAAGUCUCCAUGUUCAACCAAAAGCUGCAUACAUUUUUCUGUUGACUACCUAAAUAAGUUUGAUGUGGGUAUAUUUCACCUGUAUGUUUCUACCCAGUUGUUUUUAUUAUAAUUAUGUUUCUACCAGGUUGUUUUUAUAAUAAUAAUAAUUAUUAUUAUUAGGAUGUUUCUACCAGGUUGUUGUGAUUAUGGUUCUACCAGGUUGUUGUUAUUUAUUAUGAUGUUUCUACCAGGUGGUGCUGAAGGGUGCCCCAGGACAGCCCGGGACUAUUUUACGGACCGUCCCCAUGGGAGGAGUACGUCUCGUCUCCCCGGUAACUGUUUCCGGUGUCAAACCUAACGUCACCACCCUUGUUGUCAAGGGAACCACAGGUAAGGAUGUUCAGUGACCCUCUUGACAAUAGCGUUGCUAGACGGCGUUCUAGCUUCUUCCUGGACUGGUUGUGUCCCUAAAGAUUCAUUUUUGUUAGUGACACCAUUGAAUCAUCAACAGUCAGAUGCAUUGCACCAUCAUGCUUUAGCUUGUGCUGUUUUGCAGCAUCAGUCCCAAUAGAUUAGCCUGGGUUACCAGUAUGUUAGUGCUAACAUUCCACUCCUUUAACCACGCCUUGUGGAAUGUUAGCACAAAACAGGUCUGGAUUUCAGGCAACCAAUAUAUACGUAAUCGACAAUCAAUUACUGUUGUCCCUCUCCAGGUGUGACCACGUUUGGUACGGUGACCGGUACAGUGUCUACGAGCCUGGCAGGUGGAAGUGUUGCCACGGCUACUCCCAUCACCACCUUGGGCGCUAUGACCACUCUGCCUGGACAGGUCACUGACUCCGCAGCUCAGGUACAGUUUAUGUAGACUGCGUUUACACAGGCAGCCCGAUUUAUUGGAAAAGGAUCUGAUUGGUCAAAAGACCAAUUUAGUGGGGGGGGGGGGGGCGGGAUAUCAGAAUUGGGCUACCUUUUGUAAAAGCAGUGUCGGUGUCUUAUCUGCUUACGUUUCUUAAGUCAGGAAAGGUGUUCCCGUUUUUAACCAGUUUGGUACAGAUGCAUCCAUCCUGUCAUGUUGUCGUCAUUAAUACUUGCAGUGGGUUGACUCCCAUUUUUAAUUUUCUGCUGUGCUUGUCCUGCUGGUGGCACAUGCAGUGAUAUACGCCUGGGGAGACAGCAAGCUCACUGUGAAAAGCAGACCUUGCAGUGCUUCUCGUAUGAACUGUGGCGCUUCUUUUCUGGUCAGACACGCCAUUAUGAAAACACCUGUAGAAAACAUCGUACUUGGAAUUAUUUCAAUUUAAUUUAAAUAUGUUUUAUUUAUUCAAAUAUGUAUUUUUUUGUAUUGAAACUUGUUUUAUUGACCUCUUCUGUGUGUGUGAUGUAAGGAUUUAUUUUCCAUAUUUAAAAACUGUUUUUAUUGACAUUCUGUCCUGUGUGUCAACGUUCUAUUGACCUCCUGUACUCUUCCUGUCCUCCAGGCGGGAGGUCAGCCCACCCAGGUGACCCUGAUCACGACCCCAAGUGGUGUGGAUGCUCAGCCUGUCCACGACCUGCCGGUCUCCAUCCUGUCCUCCCCCACCUCCGCCGACCCCUCCUCCACCCAGCCUGAGGCAGGCGACCCAGGCACGGUGACCCUGGUCUGCUCGAACCCCCCUUGCGAGACCCACGAGACCGGCACCACCAAUACAGCUACCACGGCCUCCGCUAACAUGACCGGUAAUGGUGGGGUGGAGAGGGUGUGUUCAAACCCGCCGUGUGAAACCCACGAGACCGGCACCACCAAUACGGCUACCACGGCCUCCGCUAACAUGACCGGUAAUGGUGGGGUGGAGAGGGUGUGUUCAAACCCGCCCUGCGAGACCCACGAGACCGGCACCACCAAUACGGCUACCACGGCCUCCGCUAACAUGACCGGUAAUGGUGGGGUGGAGAGGGUGUGUUCAAACCCGCCGUGCGAAACCCACGAGACCGGCACCACCAAUACGGCUACCACGGCCUCCGCUAACAUGACCGGUAAUGGUGGGGUGGAGAGGGUGUGUUCAAACCCGCCCUGCGAGACCCACGAGACCGGCACCACCAAUACGGCUACCACGGCCUCCGCUAACAUGACCGGUAAUGGUGGGGUGGAGAGGGUGUGUUCAAACCCGCCCUGCGAGACCCACGAGACCGGCACCACCAAUACUCAAACGAUGGCGUCCUCCAACAUGGGCCAGGUACAGCAGCUGUGCACCAACCCCCCGUCAGAUACAGGCGGCACCAACCCCCCGUCAGAGACCCACGAUACAGGCACUACCAACACCCCGACCACUGCCAGCUGCAACAUGGGGUCCAACAAGCAACAGCAAGGCUCCAGUGUGACAAACACCACCAGCGGGUCUGAUCCCCCGUCCUCGCCGCUCCCCUCCUCCGGAGCCCUCUCCCCCUCGUCUGUCUCCGGGGCCGUGUCUGCGCCGGGGGUGCUGCGACCAGAGACCCUGAGAACAGGGACCACCUACACCUCCACCACCGCCCGCUCUAACAUGGGCUCUGAUAAGAUGGGGAUGAGUCUCAGCUCCUCGUCCUCCGACAGCCAGAGCAAGUCGUCCAGCGGUGGAGUCACCUCCCCUGUGUGCUCCAGUCCACGCUGUGAAACACACCAGACAGACACCGCCACGGCCGGAGCUGGAGGCAGCAGCGCCACGCAGGUCUGCUCCAGUCCACCUUGUGAAACACACCAGACUGGCACCACGACUGUCUCGACGCAGGCCAACUCCAGUAUGGGCAACGGGAAGACUACAGGGACAGCGCAGAGGGUCUGCUCCAACCCACCGUGUGAGACGCAUGAGACCGGGACGACCAACACCCCGUCUCAGGCUACGUCCAACCUGGCGGGAACGGGCACGGUCCAGGAAGUCUGCUCCAACCCACCGUGUGAGACGCAUGAGACCGGGACGACCAACACCCCGUCUCAGGCUACGUCCAACCUGGCGGGAACGGGCGCGGUCCAGGAAGUCUGCUCCAACCCACCGUGUGAGACGCAUGAGACCGGGACGACCAACACCCCGUCUCAGGCUACGUCCAACCUGGCGGGAACGGGCACGGUCCAGGAAGUCUGCUCCAACCCACCGUGUGAGACUCAUGAAACGGGAACCACCAACACAGCUACUACUGCCACAGGUAAGAACUACUGCUAUCUAUCCACUGAACAUGACGGUGUCUUUAACCCAUUCAGAUGUUAGGUCUCAUCGCUGCUCUCAGAGGCUGUUUAUAGGGAGGAUUUUUUUUUUCUCCCGGAUACAGAGUAAGUCUGGUCCUAGACUAUAUAAAGUCUAUGGGCGGCAGGUGGCUUAGUGGGUAAGAGCGUUGUGCCAGUAACCGAAAGGUCGCUGGUUCUAAUCCCCGAGCCGACUAGGUGAAAAAUCUGUCGAUGUGCCCUUGAGCAAGGCACUUAACCCUAUUUGCUCCUGUAAGUCGCUCUGGAUAAGAGCGUCUGCUAAAUGACUUAUUAUUAUUAUUAUUAUUACUCAAAGGUGAAUCUCCAUAAGGAAUAGAUUAGGCUUAAUCUAGGUCUGGGAAAUUGUCCCUUAGGCUGCGUUUACACAGGCCUACACAGCCUGAUUCUGAUAUUUUGCCCAAUUGUUGGCAAAAGGCUGAUCUGAUUGGUCCAAAGAUCAGAAUUGGUCUGCCUGUAUAAACGCAGCCUUAGUGUUUUAAAACCGAAGAUUGGGAGUUAAGAUGUUAGUAAUAUUUUCUCCUACCUACAUGCAGUAUGUUUUAGUCUUAAUUUUGGGAUGUUUUAGUCUUAAUUUUGGGAUGUUUUAGUCUUAAUUUUGGGAUGUUUUAGUCUUAAUUCUGGGAUGUCCCUCCUCCCUCCAGCCCAGCCUGGUGACUCGACACAGGGAGACAACGGAACUACGGAGGCUCCCUCGUCGUCCUCGGUAACCACAGAGUCCAGCGCCGUGGUGGCGUCUGGCCGAGCAGUUACCACGGUUACCCAGUCCACACCCACACCUGGACCCUCUGUACCUGUAAGGACCACACAAGGCUGCUAUAGGGUCAGCUCUCUUGAGGUUGUGGUUAGCGUGCUUGCCUUGCGAUAAGGCAACCCUGGUUCAAGCCCCGCAGCCAAUCACUGCACUAUAGACUGUUGGAGGCGUUUAUUUUAGAACAUAAGUUUGGAUUCAACCCUUUAUUUCCUCAACCCAACCCUUUCUUUCCCUAAACCAACCCUUUAUUUCCUUAACCCAACCCUUUCUUUCCUAACCCAACCCUUUCUUUCCCUAACCCAACCCUUUCUUUCCCUAACCCAACCCUUUCUUUCCCUAACCCAACCCUUUCUUUCCCUAACCCAACCCUUUCUUUCCCUAACCCAACCCUUUCUCUCCUAACCCAACCCUUUCUUUCUUUCCCUAACCCAACCCUUUCUUUCUUUCCUUAACCCAACCCUUUCUUUCUUUCCUUAACCCAACCCUUUCUUUCUUUCUUUCCCUAACCCAACCCCUUUCUUUCUUUCUUUAACCCAACCCUUUUCUUCUUUCCUUACAACCCACAACCCUUCUUCUUUCUUUACUUUACAACCCAACCCUUUCUUUCUUUUAAACAACCCAACCCUUUCUUUCUUUAACCCAACCCUUUAUUUCCUUAACCCAACCCUUUCUUUCCUUAACCAACCCUUUCUUUCCUUAACACAACCCUUUCUUUCUUUAACCCAACCCUUUAUUUCCUUAACCAACCCUUUCUUUCCUUAACCCAACCCUUUCUUUCCUUAACCCAACCCUUUCUUUCCUUAACCCCAAACCCCUUCUUCUACAACCCUUUCCCUAACCCAACCCUUUCUUCCCUAACCCAACCCUUUCUUUCUUAACCAACCCUUUUUCUCUUUUUUCCUUAACACAACCCUUUCGUUUCCUUAACCCAACCCUUUCUUUCGUUAACCAACUCCUUUCUUUCCCUAAAACCAAAACCCUUUCUUUCCCUAACCCACCCUUUCUUUCCUUAAUUUCCUUAAACCCCCGUUCUUUCCUUAACCCAACCGUUCUUUCCUUACCCAACCCUUCUCUCCUUCAACCAACCCUUUCUCUCCCUAACCCAACCCUUUCUCUCCCUAACCCAACCCUUUCUCUUUCCUUCUUCCUUCCACCAGGAGAUCUCGUCGAUGUCUGGGUCGUCUGAGGCGAUGGCCGCGGCGUGUAUAGAGGGGGAGGAGGCCAUGCAGACUGACUCUCUCCCAGAGGGCACCGUGAGGGUUGUGACCCUGGAGGAGGCUGCUGCAGCUGGGAUACAGGUCCAUGUGGAGGGCAUGGAGGAACAGAACCAGGGGGAGCAGGAGGUACAUUACAAUACAUACAGUACCACACAUAUAUACAUACAGUACCACACAUAUAUACAUACAGUACCACACAUAUAUACAUACAGUACCACACAUACAGUGGGGAAAAAAAGUAUUUAGUCAGCCACCAAUUGUGCAAGUUCUCCCACUUAAAAAGAUGAUUUUCAUCAUAGGUACACGUCAACUAUGACAGACAAAAUGAGGAGAAAAUCACAUUGUAGGAUUUUUAAUGAAUUUAUUUGCAAAUUAUGGUGGACAAUAAGUAUCUGGUCAAUAACAAAAGUUUCUGAAUACUUUGUUAUAUACCCUUUGUUGGCAAUGACACAGGUCAAACGUUUUCUGUAAGUCUUCACAAGGUUUUCACACACUGUUGCUGGUAUUUUGGCCCAUUCCUCCAUGCUGAUCUCCUCUAGAGCAGUGAUGUUUUGGGGCUGUCGCUGGGCAACACGGACUUUCAACUCCUUCCAAGGAUUUUCUAUGGGGUUGAGAUCUGGAGACUGGCUAGGCCACUCCAGGACCUUGAAAUGCUUCUUACGAAGCCACUCCUUCAUUGCCCGGGCGGUGUGUUUGGGAUCAUUGUCAUGCUGAAAGACCCAGCCACGUUUCAUCUUCAAUGCCCUUGCUGAUGGAAGGAGGUUUUCACUCAAAAUCUCACGAUACAUGGCCCCAUUCAUUCUUUCCUUUAUACGGAUCAGUCGUUCUGGUCCCUUUGCAGAAAAACAGUCCCAAAGCAUGAUGUUUCCACCCCCAUGCUUCACAGUAGGUAUGGUGUUCUUUGGAUGCAACUCAGCAUUCUUUGUCCUCCAAACACGACGAGUUGAGUUUUUACCACAAAGUUAUAUUUUGGUUUCAUCUGACCAUAUGACAUUCUCCCAAUCCUCUUCUGGAUCAUCCGAAUGCACUCUAGCAAACUUCAGACGGGCCUGGACAUGUACUGGCUUAAGCAGGGGGACACGUCUUGCACUGCAGGAUUUGAGUCCCUGGCGGCGUAGUGUGUUACUGAUGGUAGGCUUUGUUACUUUGUUACUUUGGUUACUUUCACCGUUCUUGUGAUCAUUUUGACCCCACGGGGUGAGAUCUUGCUUGAAGCCCCAGAUCGAGGGAGAUUAUCAGUGGUCUUGUAUGUCUUCCAUUUCCUAAUAAUUGCUCCCACAGUUGAUUUCUUCAAACCAAGCUGCUUACCUAUUGCAGAUUCAGUCUUCCCAGCCUGGUGCAGGUCUACAAUUUUGUUUCUGGUGUCCUUUGACAGCUCUUUGGUCUUGGCCAUAGUGGAGUUUGGAGUGUAACUCUUUGAGGUUGUGGACAGGUGUCUUUUAUACUGAUAACAAGUUCAAACAGGUGCCAUUAAUACAGGUAACGAGUGGAGGACAGAGGAGCCUCUUAAAGAAGAAGUUACAGGUCUGUGAGAGCCAGAAAUCUUGCUUGUUUGUAGUUGACCAAAUACUUAUUUUCCACCAUGAUUUGCAAAUAAAUUCAUAAAAAAUCCUACAAUGUGAUUUUCUGGAAGAAAAAUUCUUAAUUUGUCUGUCAUAGUUGACGUGUACCUAUGAUGAAAAUUACAGGCCUCUCAUCUUUUUAAGUGGGAGAACUUGCACAAUUGGUGGCUGACUAAAUACUUUUUUCCCCCACUACCGUUCAAAAGUUUGGGGUCACUUAGAAAUGUCCUUGUUUUCCAUGAAAACAUACAUGAAAUGAGUUUGAAUAGGAAAUAUAGCAAAAUGAAUAGGAAAUGUAGUCAUUGACAAGGUUAGAAAUAAUGAUUUUUAAUUGAAAUAAUAAUUGUGUCCUUCAAACUUUGCUUUCGUCAAAUAAUCCUCCAUUUGCAGCAAUUACAGCCUUGCAGACCUUUGGCAUUCUCGUUGUCAAUUUGUUGAGGUAAUAUGAAGAGAUUUUACCCCAUGCUUCCUGAAGCACCUCCCACAAGUUGGAUUGGCUUGAUGGGCACUUCUUACGUACCGUACGGUCAAGCUGCACCCACAACAGCUCAAUAGGGUUGAGAUCCGGUGACUGUGCUGGCCACUCCAUUAUAGACAGAAUACCAGCUGACUGCUUCUUCUCUAAAUAGUUCUUGCAUAGUUUGGAGCUGUGCUUUGGGUCAUUGUCCUAUUGUAGGAGGAAAUUGGCUCAAAUCAAGCGCCGUCCACAGGGCAUGGCGUUGCAAAAUGGAGUGACAGCCUUCCUUCUUCAAGAUCCCUUUUACCCUGUACAAAUCUCCCACUUUACCACCACCAAAGCACCCCCAGACCAUCACAUUGCCUCCAUCAUGCUUGACAGAUGGCAUCAAGCACUCCUCCAGCAUCUUUUCAUUUGGUCUGUGUCUCACAAAUGUUCUUCUUUGUGAUCCGAACACCUCAAACUUCGAUUCGUCUGUCUAUAUCACUCUUUUUCCCAAUCUUCCUCUGUCCAGUGUUCUUUUGCCCAUCUUAAUCUUUUCUUUUUAUUGGCCAGUCUGAGAUAUGGCUUUUUCUUUGCAACUCUGCCUAGAAGGUCAGCAUCCCAGAGUCGCCUCUUCAUUGUAGACGUUGAGACUGGUGUUUUGCGGGUACAAUUUAAUGAAGCUGCCAGUUGAGGACCUGUGAGGCGUCUGUUUCUCAAACUAGACACUAAUGUAUUUGUCCUCUUGCUCAGUUGUGCACCGGGGCCUCCCACUCCUCUUUCUAUUCUGGUUAGAGCCAGUUUGCGCUGUUCUGUGAAGGGAGUAGUACACAGCGUUGUACGAGAUCUUCAGUUUCUUGGCAAUUUCCUGCAUGGAAUAGCCUUCAUUUAUCAGAACAAGAACAGACUGACGAGUUACAGAAGAAAAUAAUUUGCACAGUCACCGGAUCUCAAACCUAUUGAGCUGUUGUGGGAGCAACUUGACCGUAUGGCACGUAAGAAGUGCCCAUCAAGCCAAUCCAACUUGUGGGAGGUGCUUCAGGAAGCAUGGGGUGAAAUCUCUUCAGAUUACCUCAUCAAAUUGAAAACUAGAAUGCCAAAAGGUCUACAAGGCUGUAAUUGCUGCAAAUGGAGGAUUCUUUGACGAAAGCAAAGUUUGAAGGACACAAUUAUAUUAUUUCAAUUAAAAAUCAUUAUUUCUAACCUUGUCAGUGUACACACAGAACCACACACGAACGACUGCAUUGUGUGCUAACAAACAUCUUUUCAGUAACAUUUAAUUAAAGUUUUGUUUGUCUCUUAGGGCCUGCCUGCGGAGCUGAUGUCUGAAGGUGACGCGGGGGACAACCAGACCCUGAUGGUGACGGGUUUAACCCCCGAGGAGCUGGCUGUUACCGCUGCAGCCGAGGAGGCAGCACAGCACGCUGCUACGGAGGAGGCUAACGCCCAGGCCAUGGCCAUACAGGCUGUGCUGCAGGCCGCACAGCACGCUGUCAUGUGUGAGUACACACACACACACACACACACACACACACACACACACACACACACACAGACAGGUCCUGGUCAUACAGUAGAUGGACACAACAGGAACUGGGUUACAGCUGUAGGUGUAUUGUGAUAUGGCAUCACCUGCUGUUCCACAUAUUUCAGAAAUUCUAAAACGUAUCUUUUAUUUUGGAUCCCAAUUAUCUGACGCCAUGACAACAAUGGCACACCUGAUUUACCUCAUUAACAGCAUGCUAGCAGAUUAGUUGACUAGUUGGAAAUGAUGUGGUUCUCCAAGGACUGGUUUAAGAUGGUUGGAAAUGAUGUGGUUCUCCAAGGACUGGUUUAAGAUGGUUGGAAAUGAUGUGGUUCUCCAAGUACUGGUUUAAGAUGGUUGGAAAUGAUGUGGUUCUCCAAGGACUGGUUUAAGAUGGUUGGAAAUGAUGUGGUUCUCCAAGGACUGGUUUAAGAUGGUUGGAACUGAUGUGUUUUCAAAUUCCUUAUAUAAUUUGUGUUUUAUGCGUGCUGUACAUUUUAUAUAACGGACUAGACGGCUAGUGAGGGGCGGCAGGUAGCUUAGUGGUUAAGAGCGUUGUGCCAGUAACCGAAAGGUCGCUGGUUCUAAUCCCCGAGCCGACUAGGUGAAAAAUCUGUCGAUGUGCCCUAGAGCAAGGCACUUAACCCUAAUUGCUCCUGUAAGUCGCUCUGGAUAAGAGCGUCUGCUAAAUGACUAAAAUGUAUGUAAAUGUAGUGUAAUGGUACUUCGCUUAAAUGCUGCUAGCGGCGCAAACUGAGAAUUAAUUUUCCAGAAUCAAUGUUCAUUUAUACUCCCGUUUUAGUAGUGUCUGCUCUGCGCGCAAUUUGAGGAGUUGAAACAUAAGAAUGGUAUCGUUAGUAAGUUGAACAUCUCUUUAUACAGUAAAAUAAUGUCUCAAUGCUUUUCAGUUCUGUUGGACCAAACCUCAAAUGCAAAUGGCGAGUUGAAACUGCUUGUCAGAGGAAUAAGUGAUCUCAUCUUUGUUGUGUGUGUGUGUGUGUGUGUGUGUGUGUGUGUGUGUGUAAAUUGGAAGGAGCAGCCUACAGUCAGAAGGAGCGAAGGGGAUGAUACCAAAAAUACUAAAUGAGAACAAGCGUACUUUAAAAAUUCAUAAAAAAGAAAAAUAACACUUGAUUCAUUGCAAUACAGGCAUUUGGAAUGUCGUGCAAAAACAUACAUUUAAAUUAAUAGAUAUGUCUUGAUUGAUGUCACCCAGCCCUAGUUAGUAGUCUAGUAGAUUGUAAUGAGUCUCACCCCCCCCCCCCCCCCCCCCCACCCCCCACCCCCCUCCUCCAGAUGAAGGAGACAGUGGCCAGGAGGGCCAGCAUCAGACCACCAACAUCCCCAUUGUGUUGACUCAGGCUGAGCUGGCAGCCCUGGUUCUACAACAACAACAGCUGCAGCAGGCUCAGGCCCAGGCCCAGGCUCAGGCUCAGGCCCAGGCCCAGGCCCAGGCCCAGGCAGCAGCCGCACAGCGCAACCAGGUCAGUCCACUGUUGUUUUGCUUCUCUUCCGUCAGUCUGUCUUGUCUCACUCUGUUCAUUUAUUUUUCGUAUUUGUAGGGAUGUGCAUCUUUCCCUUUUCAAGAUGAUUUGAUACGUAUCUAGAUACGCGGGCUCCAAUUCGGUACAGGAUCCAUACGUAUCUAGGUACAUGGACUCUGAUACCAUACAGGAAACAUACGUUUUAAUUUGAAACGAUUCAGAGCGAUUUUGUUUGAUUAGAGGAACGAUUUGAUUUGAUUUAAAGUUUGUUGCAUAAACACAUUCAUUUUCCAUUCUAAAUUAAAAUCUGCUGCUGAGGGAACUCAUGAGCUGGGAACUCAUGAGCUGGGCCUCUCUGAGCUGGAUCUCUCUGAACUGGAUCUCUCUGAGCUGGAUCUCUCUGAGCUGGAUCUCUCUGAGCUGGAUCUCUCUGAGCUGGAUCUGUCUGAGCUGGAUCUCUCUGAGCUGGAUCUGUCUGAGCUGGAUCUGUCUGAGCUGGAUCUGUCUGAGCUGGAUCUGUCUGAGCUGGAUCUGUCUGACCUGGAUCUGUUUAAACUGGGCCUGUCUGAGCUGACUGACUGUAUUUGUAAACAAUGUAUAAGGUGUAUGUAGGAAUCUACCACCUCACUAUCAGUUAGGGGGGAAACUGGGAAUCUACCACCUCACUAUCAGUUAGGGGGGAAACUGGGAAUCUACCACCUCACUAUCAGUUAGGGGGGAAACUGGGAAUCUACCACCCCACUAUCAGUUAGGGGGGAAACUGGGAAUCUACCACCUCACUAUCAGUUAGGGGGGAAACUGGGAAUCUACCACCUCACUAUCAGUUAGGGGGGAAACUGGGAAUCUACCACCCCACUAUCAGUUAGGGGGGAAACUGGGAAUCUACCACCUCACUAUCAGUUAGGGGGGAAACUGGGAAUCUACCACCUCACUAUCAGUUAGGGGGGAAACUGGGAAUCUACCACCUCACUAUCAGUUAGGGGGGAAACUGGGAAUCUACCACCCCACUAUCAGUUAGGGGGGAAACUGGGAAUCUACCACCUCACUAUCAGUUAGGGGGGAAACUGGGAAUCUACCACCUCACUAUCAGUUAGGGGGGAAACUGGGAAUCUACCACCUCACUAUCAGCUAGGGGGGAAACUGGGAAUCUACCACCUCACUAUCAGUUAGGGGGGAAACUGGGAAUCUACCCCCCCCACUAUCAGUUAGGGGGGAAACUGGGAAUCUACCCCCCCACUAUCAGUUAGGGGGGAAACUGGGAAUCUACCACCUCACUAUCAGUUAGGGGGGAAAACUGGGAAUCUACCACCUCACUAUCAGUUAGGGGGGAAACUGGGAAUCUACCACCUCACUAUCAGUUAGGGGGAAAACUGGGAAUCUACCACCUCACUAUCAGUUAGGGGGGGAAACUGGGAAUCUACCACCUCACUAUCAGUUAGGGGGGAAACUGGAAUCAUACCACCUCACUAUCAGUUAGGGGGGGAAACUGGGAAUCUACCACCUCACUAUCAGUUAGGGGGGAAACUGGGAAUCUGAUUCCAGCGGCUGACCCAAAACAUCGCCGGUGGAAGAGAGGCACUCGGAGCAGCCUGCUGGUUCAUCUUAGGAGCACACCACCCACCGCUUCCAAGUAUUCUACUCGCUAAUGUUCAGUCUCUGGAUAACAAAGUCGACGAGCUCAGGGCAAGGAUUUCUUUCCAGAGAGACAUCAGGGCCUGUAACAUACUUUGUUUCACGGAAACAUGGCUCUCUUGGGAUAUUCUGUCGAAAUCGGUCGAACCAGAUGGGUUCCCAGUUCAUCGGGAAGCAGAAGGGCGAAGGUGUUUGUUUCAUGAUUAACGACUCGUGGUGUAAUUGUAGUAACAUACAGGAACUCAAGUCCUUUUGUUCACCCGACCCAGAAUACAUCACAAUCAAAUGCCGACCGUAUUAUCUCUCAAGAUAAUAUUUUCUUAGGUUAUUGUCACGGCCGCGUAUAUCCUCCCUCAAGCCGAUACCACGACGGCCCUCAAAUAACUUCACUGGACUUUAUGCAAACUGGAAACCAUAUGUAAAUGUACUUGUUAGAUAUUACUGCACUGUCGGAGCUAGAAGCACUUUGCUACACCCGCAAUAACAUCUGCUAAACACGUGUAUGUGACAAAUUAAAAUUUGAUUUGCUUAACCUACAGGAGCGAGUCACCGCUUUGAUGUUUGACGUUUGCAGAGAACGACAGGGUGUUGUCCAGGGUCACACCAAUGUUCUCUGCACUCCGUAGAGUUGUCAACCGUGAUGGAGAGGUCUUGGAGUAGGCUGUCCUAGAAGCUGUGUCAACAAAAUACUUUUUCUGUGCGCUAUUUCUGCACAGGUUGCAUUUAAAAGAGCCCCUGGGUUUGUGGUCUAGCCAAGUCUUUUGAGAGUCACCAGGAAGGUAGCUGUCAUUUUAUGGUAGCUUUAUGAAGACUUGGCGUACUAGCGUAUCACUUUGGAUGAUUCCCCAACUCUUUUUUAAUGAUUAUUUUAAUGCUUCAGAGCUUUGUAACAAAGUACACUCUCUGGUGCGUCACGAGGUGCUCCCCUUCGCAAACAAGUUCUCUCUGUCAAGUCGUCCGGCCCUUCGACUGCAUCGUUCAGGACCUGAGCCCUAUAGCCCCGGUUCAAGAAGCGAUUCUCCAAUUCGGCAGAUUAGAAACUGCUGUAGUCUGUUUCCUGAUCGCAAAUUCUGCGGACUCUUUGGAAUGUUCUCUUUUAGCCUUUUUUGGGUGGAAGCUGUCUGCCCUCAGAAUGGGAUCCCAUCUAUAGGCUUCCUAAAGAUGUAUUUGUGCAAACAACCUUUGUCGUCUUUACUGAUAUCAAGGUCCAAAAAAAUGAAUGUUAUCCUUGCUGUACUCCAUAGUUAGUUUGAUGUUAGGGUUAAUGCUGUUAAGGUAUUGGUGGAAGGAAAUAAAUUAAUCUUCUGAGCCAGACCAGAACAGUCAAACAUCAAUAUAGCGUCUCCACCAUAUAAUCUGGUCAAAUAACCGUUUUUUUUUUUGUUUUUUUUUUGAAGGAUCCAAAAUGAAGUCAUUUUCCCAUUUACCUAAGUACAAACCCGUGUAAGAAGGGCUGUAGCAAGCUCCCAGUUUCAUGCUUAGUUUGACGCUGAAGGAGAGGACGCAUUUGUCACAAAAUAUGAGUUUUUUGGAAGAUGGAAAUAAAGUAACUUUGGAUGGAAAAUAAUGUGAACCGGCAAUUCGUAACGUUUUAAUUGAUUUCCUGACCGAUGCAUGCUACAUUUUGGUUUGGUUUGGUGUCCCGCGGACCAAUGCACUCAUAUGUUAAACAUUAUAACCGGGGGACCGAUGCGUAUCGGUGAAUCGUUACAUAUGACUCUAUAAAUGUAUUGUUUUUGGCUUGCUCUCUUUUUUUAUUCUUGGAUUUAGCUUUAAGUAUGCACUUUGAACUGAAUUGUUUUGUAAGAAAUGUGCUAAAUAAAUGAAGUUUUAUUUGACCCAGCCCACCGAGGGCCUGGCCCCAGCAGACAGCCUGAACGACCCAGCGUCGGAGAGCAACGGGCAGGAGCUGGCUGCUGCAGUGACCCAGGCUGCGGCCCAGCUAGCCCCAACAUGCACCAUGGUGGUGGCCAGCCCGGCUAAGACUCAGCCAAUGGUGGUGGCCAGCCCGGCUAAGACUCAGCCCAUGAUUGUGGCCAGCCCGGCUAAGACUCAGCCCAUGGUUGUGGCCAGCCCGGCUAAGACUCAGCCUAUGAUUGUGGCCAGCCCGGCUAAGACUCAACCCAUGAUUGUGGCCAGCCCGGCUAAGAUGCAGGCAGCUGCUACCCUGGCAGAGGUGGCUAACGGCAUAGAGUCUGCUGCAGGGGUGAGUGGACUGGACUGUGUCAGAAUGUCUGUCUGUCUGUUGACCAGUCAAUCAUGAUUUGCCUCUUGAUACUGUAAAAUAAUUAGUUUUCUGAAUAAGUAGAAUAUUUUAUUGUCAAUAUAGAAUUAUUACAGUCCACAUAUUAUUUUUUUAACCCUAUUUCCAGACAGAUGUUAAAGGAUGCUUAUUAUAUUGUCUUCUAAUACUCCCAUAUGAUAUUGUCUUCUAAUACUCCCAUAUUAUAUUGUCUUCUAAUACUCCCAUAUUAUAUUGUCUUCUAAUACUCCCAUAUUAUAUUGUCUUCUAAUACUCCCAUAUUAUAUUGUCUUCUAAUACUCCCAUAUUAUAUUGUCUUCUAAUACUCCCAUAUUAUAUUGUCUUCUAAUACUCCCAUAUUGUCUUCUAAUACUCCCAUAUUAUAUUGUCUUCUAAUACUCCCAUAUUAUAUUGUCUUCUAAUACUCCCAUAUUAUAUUGUCUUCUAAUACUCCCAUAUUAUAUUGUCUUCUAAUACUCCCAUAUUAUAUUGUCUUCUAAUACUCCCAUAUUAUAUUGUCUUCUAAUACUCCCAUAUUAUAUUGUCUUCUAAUACUCCCAUAUUAUAUUGUCUUCUAAUACUCCCAUAUUAUAUUGUCUUCUAAUACUCCCAUAUUAUAUUGUCUUCUAAUACUCCCAUAUUAUAUUGUCUUCUAAUACUCCCAUAUUAUAUUGUCUUCUAAUACUCCCAUAUUAUAUUGUCUUCUAAUACUCCCAUAUUAUAUUGUCUUCUAAUACUCCCAUAUUAUAUUGUCUUCUAAUACUCCCAUAUUAUAUUGUCUUCUAAUACUCCCAUAUUAUAUUGUCUUCUAAUACUCCCAUAUUAUAUUGUCUUCUAAUGCUCCCAUAUUAUAUUGUCUUCUAAUACUCCCAUAUUAUAUUGUCUUCUAAUACUCCCAUAUUAUAUUGUCUUCUAAUACUCCCAUAUUAUAUUGUCUUCUAAUACUCCCAUAUUAUAUUGUCUUCUAAUGCUCCCAUAUUAUAUUGUCUUCUAAUACUCCCAUAUUAUAUUGUCUUCUAAUGCUCCCAUAUUGUUUAUUUAGAGGCAAGGAGCUCCUCCUGCGGUGGCCAAAGCCCCGGUGAAGAAAGAAAACCAGUGGUUUGACGUUGGCAUCGUCAAGGUGACCAACACCGUGGUCACACACUACUACUUGCCCACUGACGACCAGGCCACUGUCGAUGUAAGACACACACACACACACACACUACCUGCUGACGACCAGGCCACUGUCGAUGUAAGACACACACACCACACACCACACACACACACACACACACACACACACACUACCUGCUGACGACCAGGCCACUGUCGAUGUAAGACUCUAAAGGCUUCAGUUCGGCUGCCGUGUGUGCUCGCAUACUCCCUUAAAAGGACCUUCGCUUGAAAAUGUUUGAAAAAAUAUAUAAUAAUGCAUUGGGUUUUAUAUAGCGCUUUUCUAGGGCUCUUUCACGUGCUGGCUCAUCCUCAUUGGAGGAAAACAUCCAAGGUCACUCCCUUCUGACCUUCUCAUCCAAUGUUUUGAGGAGGUCGAGAAGAGAGCGUGUGAAGAAUAAAUUCUUUGUAGUGCUUUAAUGUAUACCACUUAGCAUACUCUUCGAUCCUAAGCGCCUUACAGUACAGUAAGUGCAUACAUUUUUAUUAUGGGUAUGUGGUCCCUGCUGGGAAAAAAUAAAAGUAUUCGCCCCAGCGAUGCUUUACAAUAAGGUAAAGAUCAAGCAAAUGAAAUACGUAGGUAAAUAAAGAUUACUUUUUUUUUAUUACUAGAUGGCGCCGACGGACAUGGUCGCCCUGUUUCCAACUUUUCAGUAGUUUUAUUUUUUUCGUCUCACAUUAUUUGAACGUUUUUGUUGUUGUAUUAUUACCGGAAAUAACUUUGGGAUAUUAGAUCGGCAGUCACUCGCCAGAAAUUCAAGCCGAAAUUCCACCUUCGAGCUAGGUCCUUUGUUUAAACUUCCUGCUCUAUUCAUCCCGGGGGCUGCUCCAAAAUACCGACACCGGAGAAGGCGGUUCCACCGCUUCUGAUUAUAUUAUUCGCUAACGUUCAGUCCCUGGAUAAUGAAGUAGACGAGCUCAGGGCGAGGAUCUCCUUCCAGAGAGACAUCAGGGACUGUAACAUAUUCUGUUUUACGGAAUCAUGGCUCUCUCUGGAUAUGUUGUCCAGUCAGCCAGCGGGGUUCUCUGUGCGUCGCGCGGGACAGGAAGAAAGAACUCUCAGAGAAAAAUAAUGGUGUAGGGGUUUGUUUUAUGAUUCAUAAUAAUUGUGGUAACGUACAGGAACUCAAGUCCUUUUGUUCUCCCAAUAUGGAAUACCUCGCCUUCAAAUGCCUCCCGAGAAAAUGUUCUUCGGUCAUCGUCACUGCCAUGUACGUUCCCGCCCAAACCGACAGCGCGACGGCUCUCCAGGAACUACGCUGGACUAUGUGCAAACAGGAAAACGCAUAUCCUGAGGCCGCAUUUAUUGUAGCUUGGGACUUUAAUAAAGGAAAUCUGAGGAAAACGGUACCGAAUUUCUAUCAACACAUCUCCUGUACUUAUUAGGCUUGUCACGAUACAAACAAAAAUAUCAGUGGGCCCAGCAUCCUGUUCGCCCUGGUCCCCCAGACGCUUGUUCAGGUUUUCUAAACGUUCUCCAAAAACCUGUCACUGAAAUGCACACUUCUACUCAAUACAACACAUUUGAAUUUGACUUCACACUGUUCAGUGUAUAAUAGAAUGCUGCGUAGAAUGGUUGAUUUGCUCAUAUUUGCAAAGGCCAGGCCUGCCUGUGGUUUGGCUGGAGGAAUGUGAGGAAGGAAUGUGCACCAGUGGAGGCUGCUGAAGGGAGGACGGCUCAUAAUAAUGGCUGGAACGACGCAAAAUUGAAUGGCAUCAACGUAUAGAACCAUGUAUGUGAUGCAAUUAACCACGAGCCCGUUCUCCCCAACCUCCUGUGAUAUACGUGCAUAAUGAUCUGCUUGUCGUUGUGUCAGUAAGGGGAAAUAACACUGCAUGAAACCUUUACUCUUCCUUUGACACACACACACACACACACACACACACACACACACACACACACACACACUCUCCCUCCCUUCCUUACACACUGUCUCCCUCACUCUCAUAAACACACACACACACACACACACACACCACACACACACACACACACACACUCUCCCUCCCUUCCUUCCUUACACACUGUCUCCCUCACCCUCAUAAACACACACACACCACUCUCUCUCUCACACAAACACACCACACACACCACACCACACACACACACAACACCACACACACACACACACACACAACACACACCAAUCUCCUCCCUUCCUUACACACUGUCUCCCUCACUCUCAUAAACACACACUCUCCCUCCCUUCCUUACACACUGUCUCCCUCACUCUCAUAAACACACACACACCACUCUCUCUCUCACACAAACACACGCACACACACACACACACCACACACACACACUCUCCCUCCCUUCCUUACACACUGUCUCCCUCACUCUCAUAAACACACACACACCACUCUCUCUCUCACACAACACACACACGCACACUGCUCCCAACUUUUAAAACGUUAGGCACCAAACAGAAUUUAAGGAGCACCAGAAAUAAAUGGAUGUUUGAUGUAGUUUAGUCUUCCAAUAGGUCUGUAUGAAUCCUACCUCUGAAUCACAUCCCCUGGGCCAAUCAGAUGAGCCCCUACUGUCACGUUACCAGGAUGUUAGCUAGCUAGGUAACAUGACUGAACAACGUUGUUUGUUUAUCAAACCAAUAAUUAGCCACCCGGGAUUUGUUUAAAAAUGGCCCGCGACAUAGUUUGUGAAAUGAUAUAAAAUAUCCACACGCUGGUUGAGAGAAUGCCAAGAGUGUGCAAAGCUGUCAUCAAGGCAAAGGGUGGCUACUUUGAAGAACCUUGAAGAAUUUUGAUUUGUUUAACACUUUUUUUGGUCACUACAUGAUUCCAUAUGUGUUAUUUCGUAGUUUUGAUGUCUUCACUAUUAUUCUACAAUGUAGAAAAUAGUUUAAAAAAAUAAAGAAAAACCCUUGAAUGAGUAGAUGUGUCCAAACUUUUGACUGGUAGUGGGUAAUAAAUAAAUAUACAUACAUACAUACAUACAUACAUACAUACAUACAUACAUACAUACAUACAUACAUACAUACAUACAUACAUACAUACAUACACAAUGCUUGUUCUGGUAUUUCUUUUGGAUUAUGUGUGUAUUGUUUUGUAUAGCUGGGUAUUACUGUACUGUUGGAACUAGAAACACAAGCGUUUAGCUGCACCCUUAUGAAAACAUCUGCAAAUCUGUUUACGCGACCAAUAGACUUGGUUUAAUUUUAUCUCGUUGUUGUGUGUGGCUGAACUUGUCUCGUUGUUGUAGGAUGACUCUGGGGCGAUCCCAGACUACAGUCAGAUGAAGAAGAUGGACCUCCAGCCAGGGACGGCCUAUAAGUUCAGAGUGGCCGGGAUCAACACCUGUGGCCGGGGGAACUUCUCAGAGGUCUCAGCCUUCAAGACCUGUCUACCAGGCUUCCCCGGAGCUCCCUGUGCUAUCAAGAUCAGCAAGGUAACACAUUUUAAUUUUUGCCACAGAUGUCAAGUUGUCAAGGGAGCGUGCAAUUGGCAUGCUGACUGCAGGAAUGUCCACCAGAGCUGUUGCCAGAGAAUUGAAUAUUAAUUUAUCUGCCAUAAGCUGCCUCCAACGUCGUUUUAGAGAAUUUGGCAGUACGUCCAACCGGCCUCACAACCCCAGACCACGUGUAACCACACCAGCCCAGGACCUCCACAUCCGGCUUCGUCACCUGCGGGAUCAUCUGAGACGAGACAGCUGAUGAAACUGUGGGAUUGCACAACCGAAUAAUUUCUGCACAAAACUGUCAGAAACCGUCUCAGGGAAGCUCAUCUGCGUGCUCGUCGUCCUCACCAGGGUCUUCACCUGACUGCAGUUCGGAGUCGUAACCGACUUCAGUGGGCAAAUGCUCACCUUCGAUGGCCACUGGCAUGAUGGAGAAGUGCGCUCUUCACGGAUUAAUCCCAGUUUCAACUGUACCAGGCAGAUGGUAGACAGCCUGUAUGGCGUCGUGUGGGUGAGCGGUUUGCUGAUGUCAACGUUGUGGAACAGAGUGCCCCAUGGUGGCGGUGGGGUUAUGGUAUGGGCAGGCAUAAGCUACGGACAACGAACACAAUUGCUUUUUAUCGAUGGCAGUUUGAAUGCACAGAGAUACCGUGACGAGAUCCUGAGGCCCAUUGUCGUGCCAUUCAUCCGCCGCCAUCACCUCAUGUUUCAGCAUGAUACUGCACAGCCCCAUGUCGCAAGGAUCUGUACACAAUUCCUGUAAGCUGAAAAUGUCCCAUGGCCUGCAUACUCACCAGACAUGUCACCCAUUGAGCAUGUUUGGGAUGCUCUGGAUCGACGUGUAGGACAGCGUGUUCCAUUUCCCGCCAAUAUCUAGCAACUUCUCACAGCCAUUGAAGAGGAGUGGGAUAACAUUCCACAGGCCACAAUCAACAGCCUGAUCAACUCUAUGCGAAGGAGAUGUGUCGCGCUGCAUGAGGCAAAUGGUGACCAACAGAUGCAAAUCUGUAUUCCCAGUCAUGUGAAAUCCAUAGAUUAGGGCCUAAUUAACUUUUAUGAACUGUAACUCAGUAAAAUCGUUGAAAUUGUUGCAUGCUGCGUUGAUAUUUUUGUUCAGUGUAUUUAUUUAACCAGGAAGUCGGUUAAGAACACGUUUUUGAACAUCCUUUACCCAGGGAGCGUUAUUUAAUGUUUCAUGCAUGUUUUUAUUUCGCCAUGUUUCUAUGAAUUUGUGUUCAUAGCUCAGAACACACCAUGUCAGAAAACGCUUUGUUACGUUGUCUAGUUUCUGUCUCACUGGAGUUUGUCUAAAGUUUCCCCCCCUCCCCACGCCACCCCUAUCCUCUCUCCCCUCAGAGCCCAGACGGAGCCCACCUGACCUGGGAGCCUCCGUCGGUAACGUCUGGUAAGAUCAUUGAGUACUCCGUGUACCUGGCCAUCCAGAGCACCCAGAGCGGAGAGCAGGCCAAGCCCAGCACCACCACCCCAGCCCAGCUGGCCUUCAUGCGGGUGUUCUGUGGGCCAAACCCCUCCUGCCUGGUGCAGUCGUCCAGCCUCUCCAACGCACACAUAGACUACACCACCAAGCCUGCCAUCAUCUUCCGCAUCGCAGCCCGCAACGAGAAGGGUUACGGCCCUGCCACGCAGGUCCGGUGGCUCCAAGGUACGUUACGCUAUGUUACGCUAGGCCUAGCUUUCCUCAGCGGCUCUAUUGUUACAACUGUUGUGGACUUUGUGUAGUUGUGCUGCUUUUAGUGAAGCAGGGCUCAUUGAUCUCAAAAGGAAUUCCCUGUAGAAAUAAAUAUAAAUGAAGGUUCAAAGAAGAAAAUAAAAGGUUGAUGUUCUAUUAUACCAGUAGGGUUAUUUGUAAUUUACAUUUUUACAUGUUAGUCAUUUAGCAGACGCUCUUAUCCAGAGCGACUUACAGUUAGUGAGUGCAUAAUUUUUUUAUAUUUUAUACUGGAAUCGAACCCACAACCCUGGCGUUGCAAACGCCAUGCUCUACCAACUGAGCUACAUCCCUGCCGGCCAUUCCCUCCCCUACCCUGGACGACGCUGGGCCAAUUGUGCGCCGCCCCCAUGGGUCUCCCGGUCGCGGCCGGCUACGACAGACCCUGGAUUCGAACCAGGAUCUCUAGUGGCACAGCACCACUGCGCCACUCGGGAGGUCCCUUGGGCCACAUCCCAACUUGACUUGUGUUGACCUUGAUAUAUUGAAAUGAAGAUUGUUAGUUUGUUUCUUUUGUAUGAACACAAUCAUAACUGUAAUACUAAACCUUCCCCAAAAAACGGAGGGCAACGAGAUACACCGAAGGAUGGCGGCAACCGUACUUCAUGAUGCUCUUUUUAUUUAAAAAGGCUAACGUGUUUGCCACCGUAGUCUUUGACUAAGCUUUACUUUUCAGUUUUUAAAGCGUCUUUGAGAUUCUCGUUGUAACGAAAAGUGCUAUUUCAAAUAAAUAUAUCAUUCCAAUCCCGUGUUAUCUUCUCUCCCUGUAGAGAUAGGUAAAGAUGGUGUUGCGGCGAAGCCCACUGCCAAGAGACCAGGCUCCUCGCCUGACAUGUGAGUACUGUUCAUCCUCUUAUCCACAUUAAAUAAUAGUUAUUUAACUGUACAUUCCUAAAAAUGCUAUGAAUUUAUUCGGGAAAUACAAAACUAUUUGAACAAAGUACUUCAGUAGUGGGUUGUGAUCAAGCCAGUCCACCCCUCUGUCAUCAUUCUUAACUUCACUUAAUUCCACUCAAAAAAACAAUAUUUGGGUAUUUGUUUAAUUAGUCCGGUGUUGAUGCAGUCCCAAAACGUUUUGCAUGUCAGCAAUAAAGUUUUCAAGAUAUUGAACUUUCAAAAUACAGAAAUACAGCCGGUAUAAUGCAUUUUGCAUCAUGUGCUCUCUGCUCGGCCCUCGGGCUUAACUUCUUAACUCUCUCUCAUGACUCUUAACUCUGCAGCCCCAUCGAUGUUCAUCUGUUGAAUCACGUUUUCUCUCCUCCUUUAGGAAAGCUGCUGGUCCAAAGAAGGCCAGAUCAGACCAGUAAGGGGUUUUCCUUCCUCUCCCCUUGUUGUCCAUGAUGACUAUGACUGAACUGAAUACAACACCUUCCUACUGAAUACAACACCCCAGCCCUCACCAAGACCCCUCACCCAACUAUCUACAGUAUCCCAGCCUCAACCUCAGCCCCAACCUGGACCCAGACCAGCCCCCCCAACCACCCAUCAUUCACAAAAUAGCCACAAGAAAAAUCCAGAUGAAAAUCAUCCCAGAGCCCUGCCCUCAUCCCUGGAGGUUGUGGUGCCAUGGACACCUUAUUUAA